GGCUGAUUAUGUUUUCUUACGUAUGAUGGAAAGAGUCCUUACCGGGUGAGGACAUGGAGAUCAGUGGCCUGCACCGGGAGGAGCCCAUCUGGUGAGAUUUGUAAUUCACCUUAUAAUGGCUGUGGAUAAUGGUCUAUAGGCUUUUCUGUAUCACAUAUCCCAAAAGGGCAAUAAUGUGCACAUGAACAGUAACUUACCUAUACAUGUCUAUUGCUAGAUUGGGGAGACAUUUGACUGAUGCUUAGUGAGUUCCAUUAAGAAUCCUCAUAAAACCACCUGUGUGUAUAUUUAACAUUAGACCACCCAGCAAGACUGAAGGUUAUAAUCUCACUAACAGUUGAGACCGCGAGAAGCAGCUAUAUACCUGUAUCUGAUUGUUGGAUACCGAGCUUAAAUAUAGGAAAAAUAACAAGGGUCAUAUCAAACAGUCAUAAAUGUUUUUUUUUUUAAUUGUUUUUUUUAUAUUAUGUUUUGUUUUUGGCUAUAAAAAUAAAAAAAAAAUUGAUAAAAUUUAACUUCUAGAUGUCUUUGGCUAGUGUGUGUGUAUAUAUUGCUCAGUGAAUUCGUUUACAAAAGUUAUAACUUUGAAAUACUUUUCAACUUUUACAUCAAUAUUAAAUAUUUGAUAGAAGAACAUUUAUUUGUAAUGUUUAGUCAGGUGUUAAAGUAACUUUUUUUUUUUUUGGGGGGGAUUCCCCGUGUUUGUACAAGCAAAAGUUAAACUAUCAAUUUAUUCGGUACUUCAUGCUAAUUUGUUAACUGAUUAGUUGAUUAUGAGCCAAUCAUUUUUAUUUUUCUUAAAACUAUUGGGAUAAUUUCUAAGGUGAAAAUCCAAAGUGAAUUUAAGGUCAUCUGCUCCGCUGACCUGCUCGCUACCCACUCCGAUUACGACCCAAACCUCCCCUUUAUCUUGUAACUUUCUCUGUACCUCCUCUAUCUUCCUUCCUACUAUUCUGUUACUUCUCCUUACUUCUCUUCCCAUUCUCCAUGGGACUAAAACUAUUCAUCAUUCACUCAACUCGCAUUGAAAAACAUGUACAAGAAACAACAAAAAGAAAAACCCUUAUAAGGCGAGUACAAAAACCUAACUUCGAAUCACAUACGAUCUUAGCACAACUAUAGUCUGGACCAACGUACACGUUGCCACCUAAUUUGCGACUUCCAAAGCCUUAUGUACGGCUAUUAUGUUAAUGCAAUGUUACUUAGAUUCAAAGCUCCAAAGUUAUUGCGAUGUUAUGUAUACGACUAUUGUCACAUAAGUGAUUGUGAACUAUAUUAUUGUAUUUGCUAACCUCGCUAAAACUAGCAAAAAAAAAGAAAAAAUGGAUAAUGUCAGCAACUGCAAUUUAAUAAAUCUGAAACCCCAGAGAAUUUUAUUUUAAUAUAACAAAUAUAAUGCAGCAACUGCAGCUUGGCGUUUCAUUUUCAGAUUAUUAACAUUCUAACAGGAGCAAUAAGAGUAUUUUAUUAUAAUAUGUUAUAUAGAAAACUGCAAUGAAAAAUUAAGGUUCCUUCAUUUUCAAAAAAAUAAAUAAAAACAUUUAAGGUCAAUAUAGGUAAAAUGGAAAAUUCACUAAGUGAUCUAUGCUUUCCAUUAAGUUACUCUGGCCUUAAAGGACCACUAUAGUGCCAGGAAAACAAACUCAUUUUCCUGGCACUAUAGUGCCCUGAGGGUGCCCCCACCCUCAGGGUCCCCCUCCCGCCAGGCUCUAGAGGGAGGAAGGGGUUAAAUUUACCUCUUUCUCCAGCGCCGGGCGGGGGACUCUCCUCCUCCAUAGCGAUGUCAUCGGCUAAAUGCGCAUGCGCGUCAGGAGCUGCGUGCGCAUUCAGCCAGUUGCUUUCCUAUGGACGCUGGCGUCUUCUCACUGUGAAAAUCACAGUGAGAAGCGCGGAAGCGCCUCUAGCGGCUGUCAACGAGACAGCCACUAGAGGGUGGAUUAACCCUAAAGUAAACAUAGCAGUUUCUCUGAAACUCCUAUGUUAAUAGAAAAAAGGAUUAACCCUAGCUGGACCAGGCACCCAGACCACCUCAUUAAAGUGAAGUGGUCUGGGUGCCUAUAGUGGUCCUUGAAAGGACAACAACACUCUUCCUGAGUACUGUUUGCUCAGCAUCUUAUAAUUUACCUUUUAAAGGAACACUAUAGUCACCUAAAUUAAUUUAGCUAAAUAAAGCAGUUUUAGUGUAUAGAUCAUUCCCCUGCAAUUUCACUGCUCAAUUCACUGUCAUUUAGGAUUUAAAUAACUUUUUCUGUUUAUGCAGCCCUAGCCACACCUCCCCUGGCUGUGAUUGACAGAGCCUGCAUGCAAAUAAAAACUGGUUUCACUUUCAAACAGAUGUAAUUUACCUUAAAUAAUUGUAUCUCAAUCUCUAACUUGAACUUUAAUCACAUACAGGAGGCUCUUGCAGGGUCUAGCAAGCUAUUAACAUAGCAGGGGAUAAGAAAAUCUUAAAGGACCACUCUAGGCACCCAGACCACUUCAGCUUAAUGAAGUGGUCUGGGUGCCAGGCCCAGCUAGGGUUAACCCAUUUUUUUCAUAAACAUAGCAGUUUCAGAGAAACUGCUAUGUUUAUGAAUGGGUUAAGCCUUCCCCUAUUUCCUCUAGUGGCUGUCUCAUUGGCAGCCACUAGAGGCGCUUGCGUGCUUCUCACUGUGAUUUUCAGUGAGAGCACGCCAGCGUCCAUAGGAAAGCAUUAUGAAUGCUUUCCUAUGUGAGCGGCUGAAUGUGCGCGCAGCUCUUGUCGCGCGUGCACAUUCAGCCGACGGGGAGGAGAAGAGGAGGAUCGGAGUAGGAGAGCUCUCCGCCCAGAGCUGGAAAGAGGUAAGUUUUAACCCCUUUCUCCUUUCCAGAGCAGGGCGGGAGGGGGUCCCUGAGGGUGGGGGCACCCUCAUGGCACUAUAGUGCCAGGAAAACAAGUAUGUUUUCCUGGCACUAUAGUGGUCCUUUAAUUAAACAGAGCUUGCAAUAAAGAAAGCCUAAAUAGGGCUCUCUUUACAGGAAGUGUUUAUGGAAGGCUGUGCAAGUCACAUGAUGGGAGGUGUGACUAGGGUUCAUAAACAAAGGGAUUUAACUCCUAAAUGGCAGAGGAUUGAGCAGUGAGGCUGCAGGGGCAUGUUCUAUACACCAAAACUGCUUCAUUAAGCUAAAGUUGUUCAGGUGACUAUAGUGUCCCUUUAAACAUCCGCUUUGCUGUUUCCUCAUGCCAAGAUUUGAACACUGAAAGUUCUUUUCUGAAAAUGGUAGUAAUGGUAGUGCUUGAACUUGUAGUGCUUGAAUGGACUUGUUGGGGGGGGGGUGUAUAAACUAUAUAGGAAUUAAGGAAAUAAACUAUAAAGUGUUUUCUGCUUUUCUGUCUAACAGUUUAAAGCUGUCCGCUAAGUAACUUCAUACUAGCUCGAUUAUCUGGUUCUAUGUGCAGGACUGUAAUGCUAUUUGGAUAAUUACCAUUUGAAGUGACAGCCAUCUUGUUAUUAAUGUGACCCAGUGACCUGCCAGAUUCAGUUUACUAAAGGACUGAGUAACCAGUGCUUAAUCCUGUUUCUGAUCUAGUGCAGGCAUAGGCAACCUUCAGGCCUCCAGAUGUUUUGGACUACACUUCACAUGAUGCUUUGCCAGUGAUUAGUAGGAUAACAAAGGAGAACUCUUGAUGGUCAAAGUAGCUGACAUGUGUUUAAGAAGAACCAGGGCCUUACAGUUUUUUUUUUUUAAUUGAAAAGUUAAAAUGUGUCUAGUGUCUGUCACUCAGACAGCCACUAAAGGUGGUAAGUAAAUUCACCUUUUUAACCCCUGUGGGGCCCGGUCACCUAAAUGUUCACCUUUGCCCUAUAGCAUUAGGAAUACACAUUUGUAUUUCUAAAAUUCUAGUGUUCCUUCAGUUUGCUAAUUUGGAGUUUAGUAAAAAAAAACCUUAAAUUGAAUUUCAAAUUAUAGGCCCCAGUAACCAGAUUGGAAAAUGAUUCAAGUUAGUUAUGUUUUCAUGUAGGCUUUUUUUGCCCUAAAAUUGUAAAUUCACUUUGAAUGAUCGACAGUAUGGGUGAAUAAUUUUGUUAAUACUCUCUCAGGGUUAGUUACCAUUUUCAAAUUGAUAGGAAUUAAUCAGGAAUGUUAUAUUUUAAGGAUAAAAUAGCUGUUGAAUGUUUCUAAUCUCUUGUUGUGGCCUAAAGUUUUUAAAAUUCACUGCUGAAAUCCCAGCAAGUCAUGAUUUAGUGAAUAACCCUGUUGGAAUUUAGAACUGAGACACAGCGGCUUGAUGUCAUACUGAUCCCAAAAUAAACAUGAUGCCCCCUCCACAAGGCCUUUCCCUUGACACUUAUCUAACUCCAUGGAUCCACCAAUGGCUCCUUCUUUAGUUCAAAUAGUAAACGUAUUGUUGUUUCCAAAGAUUUCCUCUUUAAAAGGUUACGCCAUGUACCAUGACUACUUCAGUGACGCUCUCAGCAAAUGAAUGGCAAUGUGUUUUUUGUCUUCUGCAGCACUGCAGAAGCCAGAUGAACGUGACCUGAGCCGCAAAAAAGCCUCCGCUCCCAGCAAGGACCCAGAUUAGACGUCAAACCUUUGCAAAAUGGUUUCUCGUUACUGGAAACAGGGCCAGGGUACUCCUUGCAGCAUAGCCAUUAAAGCAGGUUGUAGUGAUUAUGAUACUUGGAGUAACCCUGCAAAACAUAGUCCACACCUCACACCUAUCCAACUCUGUGUUUCCACAUGUUACCCUCUCCCCCUCCCUGUAUACUGUUACUGUAUUUAUCUAACACCAGUCACAUAACACUCACAUUUAGAGUUCAACUGUUCCCUGCCAAAUAGUAUUGUAAACUUCCACUUUUAUUUGAACAAAAACCACCCCUCUUUUGCAUCCCAUUAAAAAGCCCUAAAUCCCCAUCUCAUUUAGUUUUAGAUUUGGACCUACGUUUUAAAUUUAAGAAAUGGUCACAGUGGCCAGAAUUUAGAUUUUUGCUCAUGGUCACAGUGAUUACUAAUAAUGAUGUGAGACAUUGGUUUCUAUUUAAGGUCAGGCAUUGACUCAAUACUGUAUGGUUAUGUAAAAGUACAAAUUAAUUAGGGCAAACACCUAACAAGCAAGGCUGUACUUAAUCAUUUCACAACCACAAAGCAUUAACACUAAAAUAAUCAUUCGAUUUUCGCCCUUCUUAAAACAAUGAUUGCAAGAUUUGUUACUUAGAAGUCUUUUUUAUAAGUAAUUUUAUUUGUUUCUUAUAUUUGUCAUUAGCAAUAAAAUAAAUGGAAAUAUAGGUGGCAUGGGCAAAAAUUACUCCAUCUUGUGUUUUUAUAACCAUGGCUAUAUUUUGUUCCUUAAAGGAACACUGUAGGCACCCAGACCACUUCAGCUCAUUGAAGUGGUCUGGGUACAGUGUCCCUAUUGCCCUUAAUGCUGCAAUGUUAAACUCUAAUUCUGCCUCCAGUGGAUGGCUACCUGACAGCCACUAGAGGGCUUCCUGGAUUAAAAUGGACCUUUGGUCUGGUAUCUGACGCUGGAUGUCCUCACGCUCUGCAUGAGGAAAUCCAGCGUCAGAUUUUUUUGUUCCCAUAGGAAAGCAUUAAUUCAGUGCUUUCCUGUAGGAAGGUUUCUAGCGCGGGAUGGAGGAGGGAGUGGAACGUUGACCCAGUGCCGAGGGACAUUGGUGCUGGUAUCAGGUAAGUAAAGGGUUUUAUUAAAGUACCAGGUAAUAAAAUUAAACCCUUUUAUUACCUGGUAGAGGGGGUACAAGGGAAGGUGGGGGGGGGGAAGGGAAGAGGGCGGCUGGGGGACCUAUUGUGCCUGUAGUAUCCCUUUAAAUUGUAAUUUUCAAUGUAAGUACUUUGCAAUAGCAUAUAUUGUACUAUGCAUUUUAACAACUGCAUUUGUUGAGCUCUGUGACAUUCUUAGAAUGCAUUCACAUGUUUCCAACAGUUUUUUUAAUUUUUUUUUAUUUUUUUUUAUUUUAUUUUUUGUAAAUCUUGAGGAACACUCUAAGCACCAUAACCACUACACCAACUGGUUCCAUGAGUGUGGUGACACACUCCAAAGGUAAGUAGUAGACUAGUUGUAAACAGCUUGACUGCUUACCCUUGUUACCUCCUUGUCUACUGCCAGAAGCUGUAGCACUGAGGUAAGUCAGCAUUUAUCUGAUGCUCUCAGCCAAUAAGACCACUAAAGAGGGAUGUAGUGGUUAUGGUGUUUGGAGUGUUCCUUUUAAAUGUUAACCCAGGGAAUAGAAGUCAUAGUUAACCUACAGUACUUUAAACUACACUCAUAACCUGCUAAUGGUGCUGAAUAACUUUCUCUGACUGACUAAUCAAUGUAAAUUCCUUGUGUAAUCAUUUAACGUGCCAGAAGAAAAGAUAUCUGCAAUAUAUGUCUAUAUUUGAUUAGGUCUCUUUGUGUACAACUACAUUCUUUCAGUGUUUUUGUGCCAAUGGUAUGUUUAGAAAAGUAAAAAAACUUUCAGCAUGCUGAGUGUAUAUAACAAGUCUGUAGACACUGUAAAUCCUUUCAUGUUCCUGGGCUACUUAUUGUUCCGUUCUGAAAAUAAAAUGUAUUUUCCCCCAUGAGAAUUAAAGAUUAAGCUGUGCAUUAAUGUUUAACAUGGUGCUAUGGGAAGUAACCUUAAUAAUAAUAAUAAUAAUAAUAAUAAUAAUAAUAAUAAUAAUAAUAUUUAUUAUGCGUUCCACACCCAGUCCAGGGUAGACACUGUUUUAAGCAACCAGGGUUCUGUCCCUAGGAAUGCUGGAGAAGUGCACUGGGCAUGCCUGAUAAAUUUACACAUGUGCAGUUGUAAGAUCUCCUCACCUUACACCAGGGGUCCUCAAACUCUGGCCCCCCAGAUGUUGCUGAACUACAACUACCAUGAUUCUCUGGCUAUCUAUAUAAUUCAAAGAAUCAUGGGAGUUGUAGUUCAGCAACAUCUGGGGGGCUGGAGUUUGAGGACCCCUGCCUUACACCAUCAUGAGAGGGGGAGAAGAGAGUCCUAUCAGUGUGAUUCAGGCAUAGCAGGCUACUGUAUUGGGUUUAUUUAUUCUGCUGCUGUGCAAUGAUGCACUGUUUUAGUCUGGUCUGAAACUCACAUGGGUGUGUAAAAGAAGGCAAGUCUAAAGGAAUGCUCCUAGCUGAGAGGCGUGCCCAAUAAUGCAAUCUGACCAAGUUUGUAGUAAAUUUAUACAUUUUUACUAUAUACUUUUGAAAGUUUUUCUUGCUUUAUUUUUGUUUAAAUAUUUGUUUUGAAUUGUUUGCUUUCUGAUUUUAAUAAUAAUUGUCAAGUGAUGCAUGCCCCUUUUAAUGUUACUCUUCUUUAAGCAAAGAAUCAAAAUACAUUAAAGGAUUACUCCAACACUGGAUUUUGGUUGGACUAACUCUUUCUGCGGCGGUCUGCCAUCCCCCCAAAAUGUAAAAAUAAAUAAUUAAAAGCAACCCUAAACUCUGUUCUGUUGCUGCGUCCAAGUUCUCCCCUCCUUGCCAGAGGAGAAUUGAGAACAAAGGUGCCAUGGGAGUAGUGGGUAAACCUUACUGAGUUUGUCCCCCAGUUGUAAAUAUGUUCUAAAACUUCCAUUUAAGUGCCGAGGCCAAAUUCUCCCUUAAGACCUCUACUCCUCGGUUAAAGUUGCUUCCCAUCGUCAUGGAGAAUACGCCGAGGAGUGAGCAGGGGGGGAGGGGGUUAGAGAGUAGAGUUGCCACCAUUGAGUGUCUGGCUCAUCAUUGAUUUACCAAAAUAUUCAAAACACAUAAAUGGUCAUGAAGAUUCAGAACAAACAGUUUCAUAAAUAUUUUUUUUUUGUUUAUUUGAACACUGCUUAAUUUCUUUAGUUUUUUCUCUCCCCUAUUUUACAGCUGUCCUCACUUGUUGGUGUUAUUCAUAUGUUCUAUGCAAAGCUUAGAUCUGGGGGGAAAGUUACUGCCAAAAAGUACAUACUGAUUUUGUUCAUUAUAUUAUUCUCUCUUUAUGGUUUCACUUCCCCAUGUUCUGCUUGAAUACACGGAGAUUGAGAUUUAUUCUGUUGAAAUACAGUUGGUGCCAGGUGUUACUAGGAGGAGUUUAAUUAAAAUUAAACAGACCCCAAAACCCAGACUCUUAAUGCUCAGUUCAGCAGUAAUUAAUAUCACAGUAAUACUGCCAAUGUCAAGUUGUCAUGCAACAGAACCUAAAUUAGAAUCGUUGGGACUAAGAUUGUGACUUGGCUGCAGUGUCAGCAAAGUUAUCAUCUUUCCUGUUCUUGUCUGUUUUAAUUUCCUCAUUUCCGGUUGUAUAUCUGACCAUUGCAGGGCUGAACACUGGAGACUUCUGGACAAUCUUAAAACCACAGUGGAAGGGUUGGUGUCUGGUAACAGCCGCAAUGUGUGGUCAAAAUAUGGUGGCCUGCAGAGGCUCUGUCGGGAUAUGAGCAGCAUUCUCCAGCAUGGACUAAUCAACGACCAGGUACUAAUGUUAUUACGGUCUGCGGCAUUGUUAUGAGACAAUCAGGAAUCAGUAGGUAUAGAGUAUACAUGUAUAUGGAGGCAAGAUGUUCAAAUAUGGAUCCUAUAUGAGUGAUAUGUUUCCUUCCAUAGUGGUUAAAAUCUUGAACAUUUCAGUUAAAAUUUAGGAGACCUCUUUUUCCUGUGUUUGUAUCAUAAAUUGCUAUUUCAUCUAAUGAAAGGCUGGAGUGACUGAUUGCAGGCUUCUUAAAGUACUUUUAAUGUCUACAUUCUGCACUUUAGAUGUUGUGGGACUACAUUUCCCCUGAUGCUUUGUCAGCGUUAUGGGUGUUAGAGCAUUUUUUGACAUGUAGUCUUCAUGAUCUGAAGUGCCGAUGGUUGCCUACUCCUGGUCUAAUAGAUGGUGAGGCUAUGUUUAGACUUCCAAUUCAUAAGUUCAGAGUACUUUAUUGGCUUCGUUAGGCAACAUUUUUCAUAUCCCCCUGCCCUAGAUUAAAUGAGAGAAGACCAUGGUAUAUCCUUCAGUAUUGCAUUUUUCUAUGGCUUUCUAAUGAAUUGGGAAAAUGUUUUCACUCAGUAAAUACAUAAUCAUACCAAUAUAGUGUAUAUACCUCACGUUGCCAAUAAUCUUAUUUUUUAUUGUCCUCAUGCUGUCUGUUACUUGCUAACAUUAAAUCAAACAAGAAGAAAGUUACUUCAUCGGAUUAUCACCUGCAUGUAAUGAUGCACAUAUUGAGUUUUCUCCACACGGGAUUUUUUCCCCUAAAUUGCAGUAGUGUAAGAACUGCAGAAAUUCUGAUAAUUAUGCACUAAUUUAUUGAAUCCGUAAUGUGACCGUAAUAAGAUAAUAAAGAGUAAAAUACGAAGAAUGGCAGCAUAGCACAGUUCAUUUUUUUUUCCCCAAGGCUCCUCAGUAAGAAAGGGGAACCCAGUCUGGAUAGAGAGGUAAGAAGAUAAUUUAAAGGAAAAGAGAGCCAGCGAAACUGAAGCCAAGUAAUUUUUACAGGAGUAUAAAGAAUGGAAUCAAUACCUUUUAAAAGAAGGAAUAGAUAGGUUUGAAUAAGAAUGGCAUGGUCUAUCCAGAUACUACUCUGUAUUAAUAAUUUGGUAUGGGGAAGGAGGGGGUUAUCUUUUUGUUUUUAGCUCUACAAACCCUGAUAACUAUAUAGAGUAGGAGCCAACCGAUCUUUUUCCAGAGCUGAUACCAAUUAUCGGACGCAUUUCAGGCUAAUUGCUGAUAACUAGUACUGAUAUUCUGAACAUUUAAAGUGUUGAAAAAGUAACACAAUGUCUAUACAAAUCUGUCAUUAACUGAACAUGCUGACAGAAAACACACUCCGAUUACUCUCAGGCAGCCAGUGCAUCCUGGGAUCAGUAAGAUCUUGACGUGUACAGUGCUGUUACUAAAAGGAGUGUGACUGCUGACAGCAUUCACACUCCUAUUACCCUGUCAGUAAGCCAUGUUAUGUACUUCUGUGUUUGGUAGAUUACUAUUUACAAAUUAAAUAGCACACACAUUAAAGGUUGGUUACGGUAACUUAAAAAAAUAAUGAACUAUACUAACUAUAAUUGUCAUAAUUUCCUUCUAAAUUGCCUGGGCAUCAUAGAGACGAUAGAAACAAUGAUUAAAUCAGUGGCCAUUUCUGCCCCUUUCUUGACAACCAGGUUAAUUAAUACUUAUUCCCUAGACAAUUAAUCCGAUACCAAGAAGAUAAAUAUAAUAUAGAAAUUCCAAAAUAUUAACAUUUUAUUGUAUAGAAAAUUAAACAUUGCACUUUAAAUCGAUCAAAAUUCUAAAGGAUUUUGAGUUUCAGUGAAAGUACCAGGGUUAGCGCAUUAGUAUUAUAAAUGAAGCAGCAGUGGUGAUUAUGCAGUCCCUAGAGAAGAUUUGUGAUUUACAUACCAGGAAAAUGAUAUAAUGUGGUCUGCAAAGAUGGUGAAGUGGCAGCAUGACAGAGGGCCCUGCGCAGAGUAGUUGGUUUGGCAGAGUAGGAUGAGCAAAGAUAGUGUAAUAUUGGUGAAUACAUAAAGUGUUUGAAUAUAAGCUGUAGAGAUACAAAAUGCUAUUCUUCUUGGAAACGUCUUAUUUUCCAGGAAUACAUUAUUGAAACUGUAUAUUUGAUGCUAAUUGUUUAGUAGGAGACACCUUCUAUCCAAAAUGAACAGCGCCAUAACACCAUCAAUUCACACAAUGCUAACGGGUUUAAACGUGAUAGGAAAAUUCUAAAAAGCUCCUUUUUCACCAGGAAUCAUAAUGAAACCGUAACACUGUGCCCUUGUAUAUAAAACUCAUGCAUGUCAUAAAAACCUUGCUUUAUCAAUCUAAUCCAACAUCAUUUAAACCCAACCGUAAAUGUGGGUUUGUGCAGGAGGAGAUGGCGAAUAUAAAGUUUUGUAGUACUGUAAUCAUAAAAUUUGAUGUGCCACUUCCUAGUGGUCCAUUGGCUUUGUGUAGAUUGCCAGAAUGCAGAAUAUCGGCUAGUUUUAUUGGCCGAACCGAUAAUUGAUCGAUCCCUAAUAUAGAGUAUUAGAAACUAUUUGUUAGUGUGAUUGGGAAAACCUGAAUAGUAGUUUUGGUCCAGUAAGUCAGUUCACGGAUUUGGAAGUGGUCAAUUUUAAAAAAAGAAGUAGACAACCGACCAACUUUCAGGCCAUUUGAAUCUGCUCAAACCUCCACCACAUACCAACAUGUGGCUGCUUCUUCGUAGCCACUAGAGGAAAUGCCAGAGUAUGCAACAUUUAAUAGCCUGCUGUGUAUGAUUAAAGUUCAAUUAACAGAGUAGUAGAUAAGGCUGUCUGAAUCACAACCUGGAGAGGAGUGGCUAGGGCUGUAUAAACAGAAAUAAGUGAUUUAUCUUCUAAGUAGUCAGAUUUGAGCAGUGCAUUUGCUAUGCAUGAUCUACUUAGUAAACCGCUUCAUUAAGUUACAGUUGUUUUGAUGCUUAGAACAUCCAUUUCCCUUUUUUCAGUUGUGUGGCUACAGUGUUCUGAUUAAUAACUGUCUCCUACCUGGAUUCAUAAAAUGGUGACCCAGGAAAUCUUGAAUCUAAUAAACAAUCGUUCCAUAUUGUCAACUGUUGUGUUUCUAAUCUACAUGAUUAUAUUAAUCUGUUCCAUAUUGCCUCUGAAAUGCAGAGUUCUGUAAAUCAUGUUUUGUUCUUCUGGCAGGUUUAUUGUAAGCAGCAGGACUACUGGAAUUUUGUCAAGAGCAGUCAGCGAAUCGGGCCAAAUCUUUCUCCCCAAGUGCAACAGGUAGGCCCAUGUACUGAAACACAGAACUUUAAAGAAUUGUCAUUUUCCCAAUUUUGGCAAAACAAAAUGGCUAAAUAUAAGUAACUGGUUGUCUUAAUUUAUUUAAUUUUUUUUUCUUAUUCUUAUUAGAUUACUUUUAGUUACACGUUUUGGCAGACAAUGUAUGUAAAUGUAUGUUAAUUCAUUCUAUAGUGCCAUAUGUAUGAAAUAUUGCCAUGUGUAUAGAAAUAUUGUACAUUAUUAUUAUUAUUAUUAUUAUUAUUAUUAUUAUUAUUAUUAGGACAUGUCAUUUUGACAAUUUUUUUUUUUACAUUUUUUUUUUUAAGUCCGCAAACAAAAAAUACAAACCAAAAUAAAGCAAGAAAAACCUUAAAGUAUGUAAUAGACAUUUAUAAAAUGAUUAUAAAUUUGGUCAGAUGCAUCAUUGGGCACGCCCCUUUAAGUGAGUUAUUUCAGCCUAGUAGUAGGAAUAGCAGUAAUAAUAAUGUUGUUGUUAUUGUUAUCGUCAAAGUCAGUUUGAAUCUAGUUGGUUUCCAAUUAUGUCCAGGUGUUUAUAUCUUAUCUGAUUUUAUAACAUUCGUUUAUUCAAGUUUGGAAGCUCACAAGGCCAAUUUGACGCUGCCAGGAGUCAGUCUUUCAACUUGAGAUACUGCUGGGACUCUAUCCCCUGAGCUAGCUCACUAAGAUUACAUUCUGAGAACUUCAUAAUCAUACAAUUGAGAGUUAUGAAAAAUGCGUUUAUUUUUUUCUUGUCUAGCAAGUAUUUUUUUUUUUUUUUUUAUAUCCUCGAUUGAAGAUGUCUAAAAGUAUUGUCCACUUCAUUUUCUUCUGUCUGAACUUUGCUGUGAUUUUUGGUCUAGUUCCUGCUCUUCUGUGAAAACAGUCAGAGAAAUGGUGAUGGUACCAGAGAGGAGAAUGGCAAGCUCUGGCUUCAGCACAGCCUUCAGUUCCAUUGUCUAUCUGCUCAGCUAAAAGCCCUUCUCGGGAAUAGGCAGUACACUCGGACAUUCUACUCAGGUAAUGCUGGUCUGUGUGUAGAAAACAAAUGGACCUUCAUAAGCUAGGCCAACAAAAAUGCAUGUCUUGCAGUGUGCAUUAUUCAGCUACAGCUGUACAGCAAAAAACAAAAACACUAUCCUUCAAUGGAAAUGACCUCUUUGUAAGAGCUUAGACUGUUUUAUAAGCUAGCUUUAGGAGGCUGUGCACAUUGAAUUGAAAAUUAUAAAGCACUAUCGUUCACAUUGACCAGCUAUGCUCUACCACUGCAUCACUUUUUUUCUUAAAAAAUAAAUUCACAAAAAUAUAAAUAAGUAAAUCACCCUAUACAACGAGAAAUACAAACUUGGCCACCAAAAAUAACAUUAGGAUGAGAUACUGAAGAUAUUACAUGUGAAUUGAGCUAUUCAUGGAUGCCAUUGAAAUCUGACCAGCAGUAGAGCAUGUUUUGUUUAUGAAGAAUGUGUAGUCUUCUCUAUAUCUGACUUCAUCCUGUGCUUUCAACAGAUUCUGCCUUCUUGUUGAGUGAGACUCACGUCACAGCAAUGUUCCAAUGUCUGGAGGCAGUAGAACAGAAUGACCCCAGGUUAUUGGCCCAGAUAGAUACAUCUGUGGUAAGACCCCUGGUUUCUUCCUUGCUCUUUACAACAAAAGAAACGUCUUCAGGAUAUAUUAAAAAUGCACACUUUUGUUUGUUUGUUUUGUUAAAGUAAUAUUCAUUGAAGACAAAGUGAGAUACAACAGACUUGCUUCAAAGCAUGCUCCAUAAAUAUAAUGUCCGGUGCAGUGGGAAAAAAAAGAUAAAAUAAGGCUUAACAUACCAUAAGUAAAAAAUUCUUCUACUUCUUAAAAGAACACUCUCAUGCCGCUGCAGUAUCACUGCUCAAUUUUCUGCCAUUUAGGAGUUAAAUCACUUUGUUUAUGUAGCCUUAGCCACACCUCCUGUGCAUUUGCUAACCUUCCUACAUCCUUCCUCUAAGAAGAGAGCUAAAUUUUGUAAAUGUUUGUUCUUUUACAUGUGUAGUAGAGAAUUUUGUCAUUUCUGCUCUGUUAAUAACUUGCUAGAGCCUGCAGGAACCUCAGGCGUGUGAUAGCUCAAUUAACAGAGCAGGAGAUAAGUAAACACAUUGUGCUGUAAGAUCUGGUUGAAAAUUAUAGAGUUUAUUUCAUGUUGGCUGUUUGAGUCUCGGCCAGAGGAAGUGUGACUAGGGCUGCAUAGACAGAAUGAAAAAUGAUUUAACUCCUUUGGUACUUAGAGUAUAGCUAUAGUAAUAAUUAAAUACAGAUUAUCUAUCUGUCGUAUAGGAUUGAUAUCUAUGUAUUAACAACAUCCUCUCAGUUUAAUUUUUAAACAAUUUCUCCUUGAAGGAACACUAUAGUGUCAGCAAUACAAACCUGUAUUGCAUAAAUAAAUCUUUAGGUUACUUGCCCCCACUCUGUGCAGUUAAAAGGUGAGUUUACUCACCUUUUCUACCUCGCCCCUGCUGGCCCUGUCUUCAUGGCUGAGAUCAUCAAUCUUUGUGAUCUGAGCCAAUCCAAUGCUUUCCCACAGGAAAGCAAUGGGAGGUUAUUGAGCAUGUACGGAAAUAAACUACACUACAACAAUCAGGAUCUCUUAAUAGAGAAGCAUUGAAAUGCUUAACGUGGUGCUGCACAUUAUGCAGCACUGAGUUAGGAAGUACCUCUAGUGGCGGAGUGACUACCACUAGAGGUUUUACUAGGCAGCAAUGUAAACACUGCCUUUACAUUGCCAGCAUUUUCAUUGCUCAGCCUGCAGGGACAUGUUACAGACACCAGAGCCACUACAUUAAGCUCUAAUGGGUCUGGUUAUUAUAGUGUCCCUUUAAGGUGAGGUGCAGAAAAAGAAAGAAAGGAAGCUGCAAAAAGUCUACAGAAUAUAGGAAAGAAUAGAGGCUAAACAGAUCGAGAAAGCAGAAAUUCAUAUAUACUACACUUUUAAUUUUUAAUUUUUUUAUUUAAGUAGAUUAAACAUCCUAUACAUCGGCAUGUUAAAUUAACAUAGAAAUUAAUAGCUUAUGUGUAGGCCACCGACAACUUCUGCAACAACUAUACAAUUAACAAACAAAACACACUUACCGCAAAUAUCUAGCAUUCAAUUGCUCGCUGGUCUAUACUGUAUUUUGUAAUGUUAAAAUAUUUCAAUUAAACACAUUCCUGGGAUAAAAUAAUAAAAAAAAAAAAACCACAAAACUUUGCGCUAUAAACUACUGCAAUAAAUUUAGCUAAAGAAAAAGAUCAUUUCAUACAUAUCAUUUUUAUUUUGCAAAGUUACGUGUAAUGAAUACAGAUAAAAACAAAUUUACAUCCAUCACACCUAUAUUUAUUUUUUCUUCCUUUUUUACUAGAUUGCUGGCAAAAGAGACUUCACAAUUUCAAGGAAGAGUUUGAACCUUCCAACUCUCUCCAUAUCCCCCUGUAUUCCAUACACCGAUAAUCUUCAUCGCUCUCUGAAUAAUGGUUCCUGCAGUCUUCCGUCUGCUGGUAAGUUUGCGAAGGGUGUGUCCGUCUCUGUUAAUGUCAGAAUGUGUGACUGCAAAUUGGCAUUUGUCACCAAAUUGUUUUACGAGCACAGUAGUCAUUUACAAUAAAUAGACUCUGAAAUGCAGGCAAGUACCUUAUGACCCAUGUAUCACCAUUUAUUUAAGCUUCAAUAUACAUGUAAUGUACAGAUUGCUUUAAAUGUGUUUACAUUUGAACGGUUCUUUCUUAUCCAUAGACGAUUGCUGCAACUUGUUUAACCCCGUAAGGACCAAACUUCUGGAAUAAAAGGGAAUCAUGACGUGUCACACAUGUCAUGUGUCCUUAAGGGGUUAAAGUUGUUACUGCCUUGUAUACCACAAUGUACAUUAGCCCAUUUUUAUGUGUGUAUAAAGCUGUAGAUCUGUCUUGCUGUAUUCUGUCUCUUGUCCUAGUGCUGUAUUAUUUCCCACACAUCGUAUAAUGGAUAAUGGAUCUCUUCUCCCAAAUUUUCAUAAUCUGCUUUUUCAGAGACACCCCUUCAACAAUGGCUGAAUGUUUUGUGCUCCUGUGCCAAUGUGUUAUUUAUUAAAAAAUAGUAUAAUGUUUACCUGUUUAUCUACAGGAUGGUUGUAUGCAUUUAAAUCCAUAUUCAUUUGAAAAAUAUUAAAACCUGUUUGUUUGUUUAGAUUUUCUGCCCAGCUUAACAGAUCAACAAAACAACCUCAAUAAAGUCUGCUUGUCAUUGCCUGAGAAUGAGUCCAUGAUACUUCCAGCAUCUUCCUCUUGUGACUUGUCACCAAGGGAGCCGUUUUCCCCUAUCAGUGAAAUGAGUGUCAGCACCCUGACUAGUCACAGUGGGGAAGCCGGCAGCCAGGAAGACCCACCAAGUGAAACAGAUGAUGGUCCUGAAUACUUGGCUAUCGGAAACAUGAGCCGAAGAGCAUCUAACAGUAGCAGUGGCUCAAACUUGUUCCCCAGCAGCUCUCAGAAGCCUGAUGCCACAUGUCCCAUUUCUCCCACCUCUUCUCUUCUAACAGUACCUCGCCGCUCAAGUUUUUCUGAGGGACAAACCUGUAAUGGGUCAAGUCACACCAAAAAGAGCCACAUGCGAUCACACUCUGAUACUAAUGUUGGCAUGGGGAAACUUCAAGGUAAAAACCUGGAUUAUACUUAAAAUCAUUUUUCUCUUUACAUGUUCUUGUGCUGUGAAUUUAUCCACACUGUAUAAUUAUAAGUAACUACUGCAACAAUGUAACUUAAAAAAAGGUGCUUGUCCGUACUCAAGUACCCAAUCCGUUAAGAAUGAGUUAAUCAUAGGCUUAGCGAAUUUUCACAGAUCUACUUGGAACACUUUGUAACUGAGCUAGCCCCCUGAUUCGUAUAGAAUUGCAAGUCCAUGAGCGUAAUAUUCUAAAGCAGGUUUUUAGGCUGCCUUAUUCACCUCUCCAGUACUCUAUCUCUGGAAAUGAACUCCUAGAGACUAAGAAACCGAUGGCUAGCUAUCCUAUGGCACACUAACUGUGAAAUGUAGUCACUAAUAUAAAUGCCAGUAUUUUCCAUUACACAAACUGUAUCUUGUAUAUUCUGACAUUUUAGAUUUUUCAGAAAUUCCAACACAGUCAAAAAGAGAUUUAUAAAAAUACUCUAUCUUUAUGAAAAGGUCCAGUAACAGAGCCGCUUUAAGAGUAAUUCUUUUGGGGCUACUUUCUUAAAGAAAAACAAUUAUCGUCCAUUGGUCUCCUUGGCAAUUUUGUUAAAUGUUGAGCCUUUCCCCCAAAAUUGCUAUUACACAUUCUCCCUCCAAUGUGUUAUUUAUUUUGCAGAUUGGCGUUUCUUGAUACACUAUGCAACUAAACCUACACUUUUUUAAAAUUUUAUAUUGACAAUAAGUGCCUCUUUAAUUUUAUGCUUUAUAAUACUAAAAUAGAAUGUGGCAUCAUUCAAACAGUAUGCCAUGGCAUUCUGGGAAUUAAAAUGUGUAUGGUCUGGGAUUGUUAAUAUGUGUGAAUUAUAUUGUUAUAUUUUGAAGAACUUUAUUUGCUGACGAUGUAAGCUUGCUUAUACUCCAUGAUAGUAUCUGGAUUCUGAGCCAUGUUGCACCUAUAUACUGUAAACACUGAUAUACUGUAUCAAUGAGGGUAAACAUGAGACUCCGGAUAUUUCAAAGCUCAAUUUUCUGUAAAGCUCAGUUACAAAUUAUAUGGCAGUUGUAGGUCAGAAACAUCUUGGGUGCCAGAAUUGGCAAUUAUUGGUAUAGAUCUGUAUCAAAGGAGACAAGGAAGGUGUUCUAUCACAAGCUUAGCUGGUUUAUGGCCUAGUUAAUCUAGAACUCUGUAGAUGUGCUGUGUUUUUUUUUUUUGUUUUUUUUUUAAUUGUCUGUCUGACUCAGAAAAUCGCAAGUGAAACCCUAGUGGCAUUUUUGUUUAUUGUUGGAGUAACCUGAGCAUUUCAAACUGUUUUAAGACAGGCUUGUUCUUGCAAGCCAUUACACUUACAAUACAUUUGAAGUACUUUGGGGAUAUAAGCAUAUCAGGUGUGGCUGGGUUCCCAUUGCUAACUUGUAGAUAACAUUUUUCCUGUAACACAUUUCUUGCUUUAACUCCCUGACUGCUUGCACUAGGAGGUGGCCGGAAUAUAACCAUAAUUAUGGAAGAUCCUGUGGCAGGUCCGGCUUCUUGUACAACGCACUGAUCCCUUGCAGAAGCACUGGUGUGAUGUAAUAUAAACAAGUGUUUUAUAUAUUGCCUCCAUUCAUUUUAAUUAAGCCCAUGAAAAUAUUGGGUGAAGUCAGUAGAUUAUGGAUGAAGUAGCAAUUAAUACAAAAUUUAAACUAUAGUUUCCAGUUAUUUUAAAUUGUGUUCUGCGAAAUCUAUUGCUGAACUGAAUGAUGUGACACAUCAUGUCGCAUCAAUAUUUUUGCUUGGUUGUGUUAGUAUUUAAACCUGCAGCCAAAAUAUUGCUCUGUUUAACACCAGUGCUUCUGUCUGUCAUGCAGUCUUUGAAUGUUGCAUGUGCAUUUAUAUGAUUGUCCUGGGUCAGUCUUUCCCCUUUACCUCACAUUCGACUUUCCUUCGUCUUUCCAAUUUUACCUAUUCCAUUUCACCCCGUACUGGAUGAUUUGAACACUUUUAAAGUUUGACUCAAAAGUAUUUUCCUAAACUUGCUAUACUGUAGUGUCGACUAGAAGGUAGUUAAGAAAAAAUAAAUAAUUAUGUUUAUUUGCCACAAAUCAUGGAUUGAGAAGUAGAAGGCAUCUCCGUCAUCACUGGUUCUCUCUCUGUGUAUUUUCUACUAAUCUCUAUAUUUCAGCAGUCACAAGUCAGGUCAGGGACGGAGAGUAUCUUGCACCAUACCAGUGCAAGGGAUGUAUGUGGUUAAAGUUGUAAUACAUUCAUUGUGUGUUUCAUUUGUCCACAUUUGCCCCAAAGAAUUAACCUUGUAAGAGGAUUUCAAGGAUUUCAAGUGUUAAUUUUAAUGUAAACUUUGUUUAACUCUUAAAUGAUAGGGCAUCUGGUAUUGUGUAGUCUAUUUUUUGACAAGGCUGACUUAAAAUACAUUGUCUUUCUUUAGAGUCGCAUUCAGUGAAAAGUAAUCCUGCCAUUUAUGGAAAAUCAAAUACACUGUCUCCUUAUGUAGAUCAUGGUAAGUAAAGAUCACCUGCAACAGUGGACCAUGAUUAAUUACCCUCCGCAUUGCCAAUGCAAAGUCAUUGAUUGCAUAACACAGAUUUAGUGCUCCUAUUGCUGCAAUGGACACAUCUGCCUGUAUAUUACGUCUUACAAUAUUACACAUUUAAACUCAAUAGGCAUUACAAUAUAAAAAAUAACACUGCUUUGUCCUUGAGUAGUGCCCCUCUAUAAUAAUGCAUGGCCUAGUUAUCUUGCUUUCCAUUGGUCACCGUGACUGAAGGUUCCAUAAUGCACUAUAACUCUCUGACUCAUGGCCAAUAAUCAUAGGUUUGGACAGCAAGGGAGAUUUGUAAGCCACGGUGUACAUGGAGGACCUCAUUGCACAAUAACUUCCAAUGGCAAUAAUCCUUAAUGGUGCCACUUAAAUGUGGGAAAUUCAUAGUAAGUAAGGUUUACUCCCCCAUUAGUGUCUUAAUGUGUAGCUCAUAGCCAAAGUUUUCUCUUUCAUCAGCUCCUCACUUCAAAUGAUAAACUUUGAUUUUUGUACUAAAAGAUAGUAAUUGAUAAACACAAGCUCUUACGUAGCAUUCUUCUGGUGUAUCUAGAUUUACAUUCUGUAUGAUUUGUGUUUACAGACAACACUCAGUAUUUGAGUGCAACUGAUGGAAUAUUUCGGAGACCAUCAAAGGGACAGUCUUUGAUCAGUUAUCUCUCAGAGCAGGAUUUUGGGAGCUGUGCUGAUCUGGAAAAGGUAAGCUUUCUUGCUUGUAGUCUGUCUUUAUUGUGCAUUGACCAGUGCCUGUGCAACGCAAUAACAAUAAACCAUAGCAAAAUUGCAAUGCAAUUACAAUUAAACAACAACAAAAUUACAUAUAGAUUUUUUUUUUUUUAUAUAUAACCAUCUAGACUCUGGCUCAUUUCUGGAAAAGGAUCAAUAUAUCAAUCCACUGUAUCAUUGAGGGCCCAUGUUUUAAUAAUCUAAUCUACUUUUUGAAAUGUUGCUUAUAAGGAGGAUGCUUUGGUUUUGGGGAUGAUCCCUAGUGAUUAUGUCCUUUAAUAUGGCUUAUGGUAGUGGUUCCCAAACCAGUCCUCAUGGCCCACCAACAGUCCAGGAUUUAUGUAUUUCCCUGUUUUAUUCCAAUGGGGAUACUAACAAAACCUGGACUGUUGGUGGGUCUUGAAGACUGGUUUGGGAAACACUAGCUUAUGGCAUUUUUUUUUUUUUUUUAAUCCAACUCCUUCCACAAACGUCUGAUGGUUUUUGUUCACAGAAACAAAUUUAUAGAAGGUGUAAUAUUUGGUUAACUUUCUUUCCAGGAAAAUGCUCAUUUCAGCAUUUCAGAGUCUCUGAUUGCAGCCAUUGAGCUAAUGAAGUGUAACAUGAUGAGUAGGCAGCUUCAAGAAGAGGAAGAAGACAGCGACCGUGAAAUUCGUGAGCUGAAACAGAAGAUCCAUCUACGCAGGCAACAAAUACGAACUCGCCGGACACAGAGCAGCUCGGGAAAUGAAGAGUCGAGCAGUAAGAAACUUAAAAUUGGACAUUUACACUGUGUAAUGUGUAUUCAGAACAGAUCCAUCCAUGUUUAGUUUUACUGUAAAAUCUGGACUUGGUUCUACAACCAGGGUUGUUCAACAUUUCUCAUAUAGUUUAAAAAAACAAAAGUGAGAUGACCCCAGGCCAUUGUAUUUUAUUACCUUAUUUAUGGCUGCUUCUCUUUUAGGCAUGGGUGUAACAGAGAAUGGGUCACAGAUAAGUUCCCAUGACUCCACACAAAUAUUAGACUCUGGCUCAACAGAUGAAGUAGAUCAAAACGACAUCAAAGGUAUGUUUCCCCUGCAGUUAUAGAUUAAGGAAACUUGCACAAGCUUCACAGUCAUGCAGGAUUCUGUGACUAGUCUAGCUCUUACCCAAAUGGGUGUGAAUGUUUGGAAUAUGUAUAAAGUAGGUGUUGUUCUAAUGUGUGGAGGAAAAGACAUAAUGACUAAGUAGGAAUUAGUAGUAGUGAGAUUUCCAGGCAGCAGUAUGUCACAUGGCCAAAUAAGAGCUUGAUAAAACUAUAGAUAGUACUGCUACAAACUCUUAUCAUUCAAACAAAUAUUUUAAUAAUAAUUUACCCCUUGUGAUCCAGGUAACCCCUUAGAGGUCUGCUUCUCUAAAAUACUUGGUCCUUAUGGUUUCUUCUUGUUUGUACUUUCAAAUUAUUGGUCUAUGCUGCACAGGCCAUACAUGCAGGUUACAGAAAUCUAAAAACUGUCACACGUUUCCAGCUGUUACUACAUUCAGCUCUGUCCGUCCUGCCAUCUAUUCUAAUUUCGUGUGUGUGUGUGUGUGUAUAUAUGUAUACUCAGUGUCUCUCGGAUUCUGAGUAAGAGGUAGCUAGAGUUCUUCAUUAUAGCUACAGUGGAAUACUUAUUUUAAGGUGAUCUAUUGAGUUGUACUUCAAAAAUAGGAGAAAAUCUCGAAAUGCUUCUGUGGGCUUUCUAAGACUGCCCUCUCUAGUCUAGUAGAGGUCACUCAGAGCUCCUCUGAAGGUAUUGUUUUUUUACCCCCUUGUUUCAAUAUGUGAUAAUUCCCUGUCUAAUUUGUAAUUUCUGCAAUGGUGUCCGUUCUUGUUCAGAUGCUGACAUUAACAGAUCCUCAAGCAGCAGGCCCGUCCAGAGCUCUGAAUCUAUGUGAGUACUGUUACACAUAUUUAUUUUAUAAACCUUUUUAUCUAUUUGAAGUCAGCUAUAUUGAUAAUGACCACUGCAAUCUCUUGACCAAAUGUAUUUGUCCAAAUUAAUGUUGAAGAAGCUGUUGACUAACUUUUAAGGGGAAAUUCAUAUAAUUAUGUCUUUGCAAAACUGAUUUAAGGAACUCUGUGGAUUCCAGGACCAUAUUCCUGAUUGGAAGUGUGGUUUCCUAUUGUUUGUCACUUACCAAAUAAACCAGCUAUGUCUUGUAUAACAUUAAGUAACAUGGCUUAUAAGCAAUAAUGCAGACAUCACUGCAAACUAAAAGUGGUCAUAAAUAUAAGAGUAGAUCUAAAUCCUAAAAUUGUCAGAAAUUUUGGAGGUUUUAGUUUGAAACCUGACUUGGUCUUUAGGCACAAUCUGCAGCCUUUAUUAAUCACUUUACAGUUAUUUUUAACACACACACUGUUUCUCAGGAAGCCUGGUAAAAAAAAAAAAAAAAAAAAAAACAACCCACAAAUAAGGUUUCUGCUGCCUGUAACAUUAUUUUGCUUAUUAGUGCCAAUACUAUGUAUAAUACAGGAUGUUAUCACAGGACUUGCAUAUAUGCGCGCACACACAAAUAUGUAUUCCUGAUACUUUAGUAUCCUGUAGUUGAUCUCAGCCAAUUCAACGCUUUUCCACAAAUAAGCAUUAGAAGACCAGUGCUCAUGCUCUGCAAAAUGCAACACUGCACCAAUCAGUGUCUAUAAGACCAUCUGAAAUAUCCGUGUUUUACAUGGCUAUUUCGUAGGAAGUGCCUAUCAGUAUGAUAGCCACUAGAGGCAUUUAAAUCUUGCACUGUAAACAUUGCUGUUCCUGCAGAAAGGCAAUGUUUGCAAUUUCAGAGUUAAAACUACAGAGAUGGCCGUCAUACUGAUAUGAAGUGUGUUUUUUUUACCUUUGCUAGUAUUACAUUUGUUUUUUUACUAUACUCCACUUUGAAUUCUAGUUCCCUCUGUACACUGGUGAUAUAAGCACAAAACUUGAGUUCACAUGUCUGCCUCUAUUGUAUAUGUUGAAAGAGCACCUCUGGCAUCAUAAGCCUUUUAUCUCAAAAGGUAGUGGUGCCUAGAGUCCAUUGGCGCCAGCUUACCUUCAAGUCAUAGACUGUUUGAUUGGUUUCAGAUAGAGGUAGUGUACCUAGAUUCCUGUCACCCUGCCUCUUAUUUGGUGCCAAUUUAUUGCCACCUCCAAUUAGUGUACGAGCAAGUGCCUUUGCAUUACCCGGAGCACCAGAGGGGGGGGAACAUGAAUGAGUACCUGGGCAAACUGCUUUAGGGAACUCCAGGCAUUGUUAUCACUUCAUGGGGUUCCUUUAAGUUCACACCUUUUGUAUGUAAUUUCCUCUUGGUAUGUGGUUCAUUCUCUACAUUUCUGGUGCAUGUUUUUGUUGUAAGAGAUAAGCAUAUACCAUAGCUAUCAGGAAUAAAAUUGCACAGCGUUAUCAGUUGUGUAUCUUUUGUAUAGAAAUCCAGCUCCCAUUUUUCUUUUAGCUCAAUGUGUUUGGUGUGUUUUGAUGGUGCAACAGUGCUCCACGCUAACGGCAAUAAAUAGUUACACUUCCAGUCACACCUGUAAAACAAACGUGUGCUUCUGGCAAUUUUAUGCACAUUAUGGCAUAUUCUGAUUUACAUAAUGUGCUCUUAUUUCCAAUGCUUCAUCGCUACUUAAACUGUUUGGUUCAUCCACUAAACCUGGAAUUGGGGGAAAACUAAGAAGGCAGUAGCAAAUAUUAGACCAAAAUAGCCAAGCAGAAAGAAAUAGCGGAGAUAGAGAUGUUUUUCAUUUUGUGUCUUUUUACCUGAAAUGUUCAAUUACCUUGAACGUAAUGAAAAUUUCCCAUGUUAGUGUAUAAUCUAACACAGAUUUGUGCUGCUGUGGUGGGAAUUCAUUCUUUUGCCAUUUUUUUCUUUCUUUCUUAAAAAAGCUUCAUGCAGUGCUGUUGUAAGUACUGUGCAUUGUCAUUGUGAUGUUUCAAAAUAAAUGUCCUCUCACAGGGAUAUUUACUAAAGGGAGAAUUGAAAGUGAAUGCCAAAUCAAAGGUAUAAAUAGCCGAACUGGAUACAUUAUCUAAAUCAGCUGUGCUUUCAGUUCAGCUACUCUGGCCUUAAAGGAACACUAUAGGGUCAGCAAACUAAAAGAAAUUGGUCUAGAUGAAUAUUCUGGUUCUUGGGUAGAACAUUGGCUUAAGGAUAAAGUACAACGAGUUGUAAUUAAUGGUAAAUUUUCAGACUGGACAAAAGUGGUAAGUGGUGUCCCUCAGGGUUCUGUUUUGGGACCACUUCUAUUUAACAUAUUUAUAAAUGAUCUUGAAAUAGGCAUUGAAAGCCAUGUAUCAGUGUUUUCAGAUGACACAAAACUUUGUAAAGUAAUAAAAUGUGAGCAGGAUAUUGCUUUGCUGCAGAGAGAUUUGGAUAGAUUGGGGGACUGGACACUAAAAUGGCAGAUGAAAUUUAACAUAGAGAAAUGCAAAGUUAUGCACUUCGGGGUUAAGAAUGCACAAGCAACUUACACACUAAAUGGUAGUGAAUUAGGGAUAACCACACACGGGAAGGAUUUGGGAAUUGUAAUAGACAACAAAUUAGGCAGCAUUAUGCAAUGUCAAUCUGCAGUUGCUAAGGCCAGUAAGAUUUUGUCAUGUAUAAAUAGGGGCAUAAAUUUAUACAUAUAAAUAUAAUUCUGCCUCUUUAUAAAUCGCUGGUAAGACCACACCUUGAAUAUGCUGUGCAAUUUUGGGCGCCUGUUCUAAAGAAGGAUAUCAUGGCACUGGAGAGAGUCCAGAGACGAGCUACAAAAUUGAUAAAAGGAAUGGAGCAUUUUAGUUAUGAAGAAAGGUUAAAAAAAAUAAAUCUGUUUAGUUUGGAAAAACGGCGCUUGAGAGGGGAUAUGAUAACUUUAUACAAAUAUAUUCGGGACCAGUACAAACCUUUAUCUGGAAAUCUAUUCAUAAACAGGGCUAUACAUAGGACACGAGGUCACACAUUUAGGCUGGAAGAAAGGAGAUUUCAUCUAAGGCAAAGAAAAGUUUUUUUACAGUAAGAACAAUAAGGAUAUGGAAUUCUCUGCCUGAAGAGGUGGUUUUGUCAGAGUCCAUACAGAUGUUUAAACUGAAAUUGGAUAAAUACUUACAAAAACAUAACAUACAGCCAUAUAAUUUCUAAUUAGUGGGGUAAUAGCUGCUUGAUCCAAGGAGACAUCUGACUGCUAGUUUGGGGUCAAGAAGGAAUUUUUUUCUAGUUUGUGGCAAAAUUGGAAGCGCUUCAGACCAGGUUUUUUGCCUUCUUUUGGAUCAACAGCAACAACAUUUGUGAGGAUGGCUGAACUUGAUGGACGCAAGUCUCUUUUCAGCUAUGUAACUAUGUAACACAAAGUAUUCCUGACCCUAUAGUGUUAAAAACACAUUCUAGCCUCCCAUUUUCCCUCUAAAUAUAGUAGAAUCUUAUUUUUAUUCCAGUCUCCUGCUGAUGGCUCUGCUCCUGAUCUGCUUGCUUGGAUGACUUCAUCAGAAGUUAUUGUCUCAGCCAAUCAAGAGACUGUCAAGGAAGCAGAUCAGGGGCAGAGCCAGCACAAGCCAAACACAGCCCUGGCCAAUCAGUAUCUCCUCAUAGAGAUUAAUUGAAUCAAUGCAUCUCCUGGAUGAACGUUCAGUGUCUCUAUGCAAAGGGUGGAGACACUGAAUGUCAGGAAGCACCUCUAGUAGCCUUCUGAGGAGUUGCCAGUGGAGGUAUCCAUAUGGUUUAAUAUAAACACUGCCUUUUCUAUGAAAAACAUACCCCAUUUUGAAUACCCUGGGUUGUCUACUUUAAAAAAAUAUAUGGUUUGAUGUGGGUAAAUUACAUUUUUCUUCAUAGAUUGGUGGUAAAAUGGUUGCAUGAAAGAAAAGAGUCAAAAUACCCCAAGUUUAAUAACUUAGGUUGUCUUCUUUUAAAAAAUAUAUAUAUAUAUAUAUAUGUGAAGGGUUAUUCUGGGAUUCCUGACACAUUUCUUAUCUCAGGACAAAAUUUAGAAACUAUUUAGCAUGGGUGUUUUUUGGCGGUUACAGAUUUUGGUGCUCAUUGUUAGAAAAGUUUUUUUUUUUUUUUUUUUUCUGUUUUUUUGUUCAUAUUUUAUAAAAAUUUUUUAUAGUAGAUUCUAUGAUGAACAUCAUGGUAUCUUUAGAAAGACCAUUUAAUGGCGAAAAAAAACUGUAUAUAAUAUGUGUGGGUACAGUAAAUGAGUAAGAGGAAAAUUACAGCUAAACAUAGCAGAAAUGUAAAAACAGCCCUGGUCCUUAACGGUAAGAAAAUUGAAAAGCGGUCUGGUUACUACAUGUUGAAUUAUUUUAGAAUUCUCGUUUUAGUGACUAAUACUGGUUAGAUAAGCUCUCCAUACACGCCUCUGAUUUACAACACCUGUACACAAAUAUUCUCUUUUCCUAUAAUUCUGUGUUUAUACCUUGGAUAUAAAUGUUCUAGAGGGAAUCUCUGUUCCUACCUCUGCUACUAAAUCUGCAACUAAUAUUUCCCUUACUUUCAGUGGUGUAGCCAUGAACCCUUCCCCACAGGUGUGCUGCUUUGGUUUUAUUAUGGACUGUCCUCUGUUUACUCAUCACAUCCAGUGAGUGUGGAGCCUGCAUUGUAAAACUUGCAUCUGCAACUGAAUCUGUAGCUAUGCACUUAUCUUGUCCCAGUGGCAUUAUUGCAGCCUGGCAUAAUCCUUGUAAGGCAGGGGUUAGAUACCUCGCUUAUUAUGGCCAUUCUGACAUUGCCAUUGAAAGAGUAAAAACAGUUCUCUGCCUCUAUACCGGACAAUCCAGAAUUAAAGGGACACUCCAUGCAUGCUAACCAUUUCAUCACAUUACCAAGGGGACUCCAGACACUAUAACCACUUCAGUGAGAUGAGGCAAUUAGUGACUUCCGUGUCCCUUUAAUUCUGAUGCCAAGCCUGUUUCUUUCUUGUUCUAAUACUUUGCAUGUGUCUGUCUUUAUUCCAGCUGCCUGUAUUCUCUCUAGGAUUUCAGUUUUAAAAACCUUUGCCUUUAAUCUCUUUACAACGGCACUCCUUGCUGGUUUCAAUCUUCUAACCAAAUGCAGCCUAUUGUGUUCCCUCUACUGAUGCCCUGCAUCUGUUUUCCUCCUUUGUUGUUACCUCUGUUCUAUGCAUGGGUAACAUAGCAUGUGAACACCGUACAUUCACAGAUUGCUACACGCACUGCAAUAAAAUAAUUGUGAUGCCAUCCAGUGGCCUUAAUGAGCAGCAGCAUCUUAAGAAACCAAAAAUUAUUAAAGGGACACUGUAGGCACCCAGACCACUUCAGCUAAUUGAAGUGGUCUGGGUGCUGUGUCCCUUUUGCACCUAGUGCUGUAAUGUAAAACAUUGCAGUUCCAGAGAAUUGCAAUGUUUACAUUGCCGCUCUAAGUCUGCCUCAGUGGCUGUCUAACAGACAGCCACUAGAGGCACUUCCGGAAUCGAAGUGGGCCUUUGGUCCGUUGUCUGACACUUGACGUCCUCACGCUCCGCAUGAAGCCCUUCAGUGUCAGAUUUUUUCCCCAUAGGAAAGCAUUAAUAAAUGCUUUCCUAUGGGGAAAUCCUAAUGAGAGCGCGGCCAUUGUCGAGCAUGCGCAUUGGGUCUCCCACCGCUGGCGGAGGAGUGUGGGCGGAGACUGACCCAGCGCAGAGGGCCAUUGGCGCUGGAUUCAGGUAAGUGAUUGAAGGGGUUUUAACCCCCUCAGUGCCAAGGGAGGGGGGCAUUGCAGCAAUCUAUAGUGCCAGGAAAACAGCUUUGUUUUCCUGGCACUAUAGGAUCCCUUUAAUAAUGAUGGCUUACAAUAACAUAAUAAGGUGGACAGACAUUUUAUUUUUGCAUGAGCCUUAGUUAAUAAGUUGUAUCUCAGCGCUGCAUUCAUGAUGAAGCUGGUAGUUAAAAUAUAAAGCUCAGAUGGGUUGUAUGUUUGUUUUUUGUUUUUUUUUGUUUUUUUCUUCCCAAGUGUUCUGUAUUUAUCUUGGUAAACUGUAAUUUUUAUUUUGGUCCACAAAACUUUAUUAUAUUGGGUUUGGUUAGAUGUGAAAGAUUUGUGUUAAAAAUAGUUGAAUGUAAAAUCAUGGCUUUGGGACAAAAAAAUACAGGCAUUUAACAUAACCAUUUUUUUUAUUUUUGCAUCAUGUUGCACCAGCUCUCCAGUUUGACUUUUUUUUUUUUUUUUUUAUCUGAACAUGUCUGACUAUUAACCAAAAAUGUAUUGGGGCACACUCAUCAGUGCGAUAUUAUUACUAAUACUCCAUCACUUUAAUCUGCAGAUCUUACUCCUUCCUUCAUUCAAACUCCGCUGAAGCUGUGGCCAUGGGUCUCCUGAAGCAGUUUGAAGGAAUGCAGUUGCCGGCUGCCUCGGAGCUGGAGUGGUUGGUACCAGAGCAUGAUGCACCACAGAAGGUAUGUCUACAAGGAAGGAGUCCUCUCUCAUGUCUCCAUGCUGGAAGAGUGCACAGAAUAAAGGAGAUACAAUUACAUUUAGAUUUUAUGGGCAUCAUAGUUUAUAAUAGUCAGUUUAAAGAGGAACUCUUCCUUAAAUGAAAUUUACACUGCUCAAUGUGUCAUUAGAGUAAACCCUUUUAAAAUGAGUACCAUGUCUGGAGUAUAGAUGAGGUAUGAAGUACCGUUACCUUCAUUUCUGUGUCCAGGUGUGCUUGGGCAUUUCCAGAAAUAUGCCAUACAGCUUAGGCUUUAAAUAAGUGUUUUUGAAUUAGCUCUUCAAGUGAGAUAAUAUGACGUAAUGUUUUGAAAAAUAUUUGAAUAUUUUUAUUUAUUUAAAUUUUAUAUAUAUAUAUAUAUAUAUAUAUUUUGAAUAGAUGUCAAAAGUGUAUCAACAAUAAUAAAUCAAGGCCUUAGUUGAAAUAAAAUUGUGUUACCAGUGAUACAAAAUGGAGCGCUGAAAACAUGUGCAAUUUUCUUACCAUUAUUAAAAUGAUAAAUCACAGAUAUGAUAUACAUUAAACACAUGGAAAGGAAAAAAUGAAUUUAUAGUGCAGAUGGUAAUGUACAUAAAAUUUGGAAUAAAUGAUGAUAGAGUCCACUCACAUGGGUCAGAGGCUGUAACUACUGGCUCAGUCAACCGCGCUUUUAUGCCUUUUAAAGGGACUUUCCAGUGCCAGGAAAACAAUCCAUUUUCCUGGUACUGCAGGUCCCCUCUCCCUCCCACCACUCAUCCCUGGUUGCUGAAGUGGUGAAAACCCCGUCAGUGACUUACCUGAGACCCAACCGAUGUCCCUCAGCGGUGGUUUCGGGUCGCCGCCACUCUUCCUCUUCAUUACGACAGCCGGCGGGGGAGACUGAUCCCGCCCGCCGGCUGAGGAGACCUAAAGAGCUCUCCAUAGGAAAGCAUUGAAAAAAUGCUUUUCAAUGCUUUCCUAUGGGGAAUUGGGCGACGCUGGAGGUCCUCACACAGCAUGAGGACGUCCAGCGACGCUCUAGCACAGGAAGCAGGAAGUGCCCUCUAGUGGCUGUAUAGUAGACAGCCACUAGAGGAGAAGUUAACCCUGCAAGGUAAUUAUUGCAGUUUAUGAAAACUGCAAUAAUUACCGUUGCAGGGUUAAGAGUAGUGGGAAUUCUCUGGAACUGCAAUGUUUUACAUUACAGCACUAGGUGCAAAAGGGAAACAGCACCCAGACCACUCCAAUGGGCAGAAGUGGUCUGGGUGCCUCGAGUGUCCCUUUAAGGUAUCAUACCACCUCCCAUCGAAUGGAUUGCCAAAUGUGAACAUAGGGAAAGAAGGGGGGAAAACUCCAAUGGUAUAGUAUAUUCUAACUUGAUAUAAAGUAUUGUUUACAUUUCUUAAGCUCACCUUGUUCGGAACCCACAAAUCCUGCCUCUGGGGUUGAAUACCUGUUGCCAAAUUGGGGGCUGGCAAAAACCCUAAGAGGGCCACCUCUGGAACUGCAAACCGUGGGGAAAUUUCACUGAGGGUGUACGUGUAAAAAGAAAAAAAAGUGUCGGCCAACUGCGGUCCCGCGUGCGGCCUCUAGCUUUGUGUCUGUAACACAUGACAUUUGCAUGUAUGAUUGUUAAAGUAAGUGAGAAGUUUACCUACUAGUUGUCUGCGGAGUCAUGUCGGAGAGAGGUUAGUGUCAGCUAGGUGAGUAGGUUACAAUAUGUGUGCAGCCAAUAUUAUUUAAAGUUAAACUGAAACAUUAAAAUAAAAUUUAAACCGAAACAUUAAAAUAAAAUAUAGCAGUCUCAAAACUGUACUGUAUAAGUUCAUCUCAGGUGAUGGAGCAAGUUGUCCCCUGGAGCUGGGUGACUAUCUGCAAAUCAAGUGGUGCCUCUGGCAGGCGGUGAUCUUUGGGGUUCCUUCGGAGUAAACUCUGGUAUGUUAGCAGGGUUUAACUGGGACAGUCUUGGUCUGUUCGCCAGUGGCGCUCGCAGUAUACCUGCCGACAAUAGGAUGGACUCCAGCUCCUGAUGGUUUUGGGCCUUGUGGGUGGUCCCUGGGUAAAGGAGACAGCUCGUGGUGUUCCCCAGCGGUAUGGAAUCUCUCUGUUGCGGAGGUUCUGUAGCAGCGGCUGCAGAGAUUUCCGCCAAGUUAGGGUGCUCUUAGUAAGGUCUGGAAAUAUUUUUAGUUCUGAGCCUUCAAACAGUAAAGGAGUUUUUCCUUUUAACGUGGCCAGGAGGGAGGCCUUAUCUGUUAGUGCCUGGAAUCGUAGUAUGAGGUCUGCAGUCGCGGUUGCCGGGGCUCGGGCUGGUUUCGGCAAUCGGAAGAGCCCGUCCAGUUUCACAGAUUUGAUUUGUUUAGGAGGUAGUAGGAUUCCGAGGAGACGUCGAACAUAGUGGGGUAAUUCAGUGAGGACAACCGUGUCCGGUAUCCCUCUGAUUUUCACGUUGUGUCGUCUCCUCUGGUCCUCUAGGGCAUCCAGCCGAUCUGUGGUGGCGUUUUGCUGUGCCUUCAGGUUAGUCACUCGUUGUUCUAUCUUGGUGAGCCUGGAGUUAUGGGUGCUUGUACUUGCCUCCAAUUGGGUAAUUUUGAUCGUAGCACCUUCUAUGGCCUCCUUAUAGUAGGCCAUGUCUGCCGCCAGGUCUUUGCGGAGCUCAGCUAGCAUUUUUAAAAUUUGAUCCGCAGUCACUGGGUCCCCGGUGUUCUUGGGUUCAGUGUUGCGGUCAGGUGUGGGUCGGAAGGAGGCUCCUUCCAUGAGGUCUGUGGCAAAGUCUUCUGAUGAGUAUGAGGAAAAGUCAUCCGUGAGCGCCAUCUUGGACCAUGUGGCCUGCUGCGUGUUCCGCAGCAUGUCUCCAAUGUCUCUGCCGUGGGGGCCUUUGUCGGCCUUCACCUUUUUUGUCUUUCGGCCCAUUGUCUGCUCGGUACCGGUGGUGUACUUUGUGGGGUCUUUUGGGUUCAGAUUCCCCCAUGCAAGGUAUCUUUUUAAUACCUAAGUGUGUCACUAGUUAUACCCUGAGUACUCUUUAAUAUGGCCAAGUUUUUGGACCAACUAAAAAACCCAAAUCAAUGGUGCCUGGAUGCCGAAAAGGUAUUCACAGAUAAGGAAAGCACCUUUCUUUCCCAAGAGACAAGCAUAGAUUCUAAAUUUAGACAUGUCUCUAAUGUCUGCAAACAGCAAAUACGUCUCGGUUGGGAGAUCUCAUCCCUGCAAAACUAUAUGAGCAAAUCCAUGAUUCCUAGGGGCCUCAGGGUACAAAUUAUGCCUAAUGUUCAAAUGGAAGAUCCCAAUCUUUUGAAAGAAUGGGAAGAGGCAGCUAAUACCUGUUCCCGUACCUUUAUGGAUAUUAUAUGCCGCUUUGAGAGUCAAAGAUUAGUAGAGACUAACGAGAGAGUGAAGGAGGCAGUUGAAGCAAUCCAAAGUCAUGUAGAAGACACUAAUUUUGAGUCCAAGGAACUUAAACUUCAACAAAAUUUAAAUAAAUAUAAGGAUUCAAUUAAAAAUCGUAAACACAAAAAGUUCCUAAGAGACAAUCAGGAUUAUAAAAAUGACAGAGUAUAUAGGAAGUUUAAGAAACAUACCCGGGUCGAUUCAGAUCAAUAUAGCACCUCUGAGUAUGAAACCUCGGAUACUGAUAAUGAGGGUACAAGUACAUCUUCUAUGCCCCCAAGUACCACCCAGACUAAAGGGAUCUUAAAGAAAGGGGUGACUUUUUUAGGCCAAAACCCCCGCGAGGGGGAAGUUCAAUCACAGUUCAGACAAACAAGAUACAGGGGGAGAGUACGGAAACGCUAUUGAAUCAUAACCUAAAGGUCAUUAAUCUUUCGGACAAAACUCUCUCUGAACUCCAGUAUCAAGUAUUGACAAGAGGAUUAUCCUUUGUCCCUGUCCCCCCAUUUAAUAGUUUUGAAUGGGUAAAAGACAUCCACCUCUUUGGGAGACGCUUAGCCUUACAUAAAUUUUUCCAAAAUGAAAAGGAGAAAAGAGCUAAGGAUCUGGGGUUCAGUAUUAGAGAAUACCAAUGCCUGAAUGACCUAGUACAUCUCCUGGAAGAGAAUGACGAAACAUCCAACUCCCCCUACACUGACUUACGUCCUAAGAGUAAAUUUACCCCGAAUAUUAAAGAUUUCAGAAACAUAGACAUGUUUGUAGAAUCCACUUGCAAUAUGAUUCAAAAAUUGCGGGUCGAUUCUUUACAACCUCGUCCGUACAGUAAUCUCUCUGGGAAAGAAUGGCGAGCCCUCUGUGACCUACGUGAUCGCGAGGAUAUUAUCAUUAAACCCGCCGACAAAGGUGGGAAUAUUGUGGUGCUAAAUACACCACAAUAUAUCCAAUUGACAGAAAGAAUACUCACAGAUGUGAACACAUAUAAAAUCUUGCCCACAGAUCCCUCUAUGAAAUUUUUGUCAGAACUUAAAGGACUCCUAGACUUAGCGUUCGAUGAUGGUAUCCUGAGUAGAGAUGAAUAUGCCUUCAUCUAUGUUAAAAAUCCGACAGUGUCAACAUUUUACUGUCUACCCAAGGUACACAAACAAUACGCAACCUUAACAGCAAGACCAAUUGUGUCGGGGUCACAAAAUUUGACAUGUAAAGCUAGCAUAUAUGUUGACAAAAUACUUCGAUCUUUUGUAGAGAAAUUACCUUCCUACUUAAGAGAUACGAAGGAUACACUUAAAUGUCUGGCCUCCAUUCAUAUUCCAAGUGAUGCUAUACUUUGUAGCCUUGAUGUGGAGGCCCUAUACUCAUCUAUUCCACAUUCUUUAGGAUUAGCACAUGCCAGACAUUUUCUAGAGACACGGGGGUCUAGACACCAACGCCAUACCUCGUUUGUAUUGGAUCUACUACAUUUUGUGUUAACGCACAAUUUUUUUCUAUUUAAUGGCCAAUACUACCACCAGGUGCAAGGCACGGCUAUGGGCACAUCUUGUGCACCUUCAUAUGCCAACCUGCACCUGGGUUGGUGGGAAGAAAAGGUGGUCUUUUCCAAUGACAACGUUGAGUACACAAAGUUCAUCUAUGUAUGGAAAAGAUACAUAGAUGACGUUCUCAUCGUCUGGACGGGCACUAAAGACUGCUUUGCAACAUUUGUAGAAAGACUAAAUUCCAACAAUUUGAAUCUGAAAUUUACAAUGGAGGUUGGAGAUACAUCCCUUAAUUUUCUUGACUGCACCUUUAGAGUCACUACCGAACACAAGAUUGAAACCACUUUAUUUAGGAAACCUACUGCAACAAAUACAAUGCUACGUUGGGAAAGCCAUCACCCAACUUCAUUAAAAAGAGGUAUUCCCAUUGGACAAUACCUCCGGCUACGCAGGAACUGUUCAACAACUGAAGAGUUCACCACUCAAGCCAGGUCACUCAGAACUAGGUUUAAGGAUAGGGGGUAUCCCAAUCGCUGUUUGAAAUAUGCAUACCAAAGAGCAUUAUACAGUGACAGACCGGAACUCCUCAAAGAUAAACCAGUUUCUAAUGAACCAACACUGAUUCGGUGUGUUACUAACUUUGACUCAGGUUGGAAUCAGGCGAAAAAGAUCUUGGGGAGAUUUUGGCCUUUACUAUACCAAGACUCCGAACUCAAAAGUGUAGUGACCCCUAAUGUAUCACUUACAGCACGUAGAGGUAGAAACCUCAAGGAAAUUCUAGUACCCAGUUAUUUCUCAGGGAAGAAACCCGGAAAAAACUGGUUAUCCACGCAAGGAACUUACAAAUGUGGAAGAUGUGUAGCGUGCAGAUACAUUAGUAAGAAUUCCAAAUGUCUGACAGACUCAAGUGACCAAAUGGUGCUUAAUGUGAAGCAAUUUUUUAAUUGCAACACUAAAGGCAUCAUAUACCUUAUGGAGUGUACAUGCGGACUAAAGUACGUAGGCAAAACUAUUCGUCCCCUCAAAAGGAGGGUAAUGGAACAUGUACAUUCUGUCCGAAAUCCUAGGGAUACCUCAGUGUCACGACACUUGAGGAACUGUCACCACGGUGAUUCAGGUGGUUUGAAGUUUGCAGGGAUCGAGAAGACCCUCCUGGGACGUAGAGGAGGUGAUCUUGAUCUUACCCUCCUCAAAAGGGAAAGCUAUUGGAUUUAUAGGUUCAAAACUUUGGCACCCUAUGGACUAAACGAGGGCUUUACAUUCACUCCCUUUAUAGAUAAAUAAGAGUACUCCGGACCAACCUAAUAUGUUUAGUUAUGUGUAUAGUGAUUGUAUGUACAUGUUUCUUAAAAAAGUUUUAAUUUUUUUUUUUUGGCACAUAAGAGGCUGUGAAUUCAAAUCAACUUUUGACAUGGUAGUAUUAGGACGCACAUGUGUUACGUGGCUAAUGGGGCAUUUUGUGACAGGCUUAUGAGGGCUUACACAGUUCCCUCUACCCAGUGUCACCGUUAGGGGCAUCGUUUAUAUGUGCUCUAUAUAUGGUACCUACUUCGAGUGAUAACUUUAACUAAAUGUGCACACUCCAUCCAUCAUAGUUAUCCAUAGUAGGACUAGUCACCACUAUUUUGGGAUACAUAUGAUCCAGGUUACCAGUUUGCAACACAAGCAAUAUAUAGAUAUACUAGGAUCUAUAGUUAUAUCCUUACAAUACAGCCUUAGAGAAUAGAGGUUGAUUACAUUUAUCUUUCUGUAUCCACUUAUUUAUAUGCUUCAUAAGUUUCUUUUAUUAACAAAUAAUAAACUCCAUAUUAUGGGAUAUCAGACAGACAAGAUGAAGGGCUCUUUAUUCAUCUAUAUAUUAAUACAUUCUGCCCUUCUUUAUUAUUUAUUACAUAUUUCUUCCUCUCACUUUAAAUGAUUGCUCCCCCGAUGAGACACCACGUGGACUCGUUUGUUCACUGAUAGUCCAUUUAACAAAUGCUUUGCCACGUAACACCAAAGGGGUGGGGUUUGCUGGGACUCAGUUCAUUGAGUCACUAGCAAACAUACACACACACACCCCCCUCUCUCUAUCCUGUUCAUACGCGUCUACAAAUGCAUGACGCUACCCAAUUACCUGCCGCCAAGUGAACUUGAAGGCGUGGCCUGUUCGGGCUAAAAAUUUUUGGCGCGAACAGUAAGCACACGCCCCCAUUCUCCUACUGGCGGCACUUGGUUAUUUAAACAGCCUUGUGUGCACUAUGAGGUCUGCUAAGCCUCGGAAGAAGGCGCGUUCUAUAGCGCCGAAACAUAUGUUAGGCAGUAGGCAGGGAGACCAGUGAUUUUGAUUAUAGGCAGUUAGAUUAGCGAUCUCUUCCUUAAUUUACAUCUCUCACUAUUGAUAAUAUCAGAGAGCUAACAGCUAUCUCGAGGAUUUUUGGCUAGGGUUUAUUUUCUUUCUCUGGCUUACUUCGUGUGGUCUCUUGGUAUUAUCUGAGCUUAAUAUCUGGGUUACUCAAGUGGGUGGGUUGGUAUCUAUAUGUACAGACUCCCUAUAUGGGAAGGGGGUGCCUUAUGCCCUCCACUCCGCGAUUUUGCCUCAAGGGAUAUCUUGUAUACUCUGUCAUUUGGAUAUACUGACAUCCACUCUGCAUUGAUACAAUGUUCAUAGGUAUCAUUUUGUUGCCAUACCCCAGCACUACAUGUAGUCAGUGCUAUUCAAGCAACCAUUGAACCAGCUGUCUAUAUCACAGUUAGCAACAUUAAGGGAGAGAUCAGCCAAGGAAGGGCUUUUCUGUCCAUUUUUUAGAUCCACGUAUGUGGCCUCAGUAUUAGGGAUUUUGCCUUUAUUCCUCUACCUGCAUUGAAUCUAUCUCUCUGGUCUCCCCAAUCUUUUCAGACCUUUCUUGUCUUUUAAUUAUGUGUAUGUUUUUUAUAAUUACUAUUAAAAGUUACGUUUUAUAAACAUAUAACUCUAUUUAGGGGCUUUCUCACUUUUGACCCAGAGGGUCUCUCUUCUCUGUUUUCUCUACACAAGUAUAUGUGAGGGUUAUCCCCUUUUCUUGGUUAGCCCCAGACACACACCUUUGCAAGGCACCCCUUUUCUAAGGGGCCCCUUGCUUCUUUGUUUUUCAAGGUAUCUUUAUAGUUGAGUCGGAGCUCCAGGAGAUGCGACUGCUCCGGUGCGCUGCUAGCUCCGUCCUUACAGUGUCUCUUUUAAAUUACAUAGUCUGCAAAAGUGUUUAAAAUAAAAGCUUAAAAAUGAAUUUAUAGUUUGUGAUUGCAAAGUAUUUAAUAACAUGUACAUGGACCUUAUUUCUGCUUAUAUAGUAUGCUGGAAGAUUAUAUUGGUAAUUUCUCACUUAUUGCUCACUGGGUAGGGUGCUGUACAAGUGGAUUAGAUUUGAAUUUUUAUUAUCUUUAUACUGGUUUGUCUAGUCAUUUAUAUAAUGACUGAAAAGUGAAGCAGUCCCAAGAAUGUUAAUGUUAAAUGGAGUAAUGCAACAUCAGUGGCAGAACUAAUGUAGAGAAGGCUAUGGUGCAAGAAUUUCUUUUGGGCCCCAUCUGUCCCCCAACUCACACAAUGCUUUGCCAGCUGGGGAUCUACAAUUUGCCCAGCAAUGUAGGGUUGUAUUUUGUACUGAACGGUGUUUGUGUGUUUGAAAGUAAGCAUGCUUUUGUAUUGUGUGUUGAAUGUGGGGGGUGUAGUGUUAUGUGCUUGAAUGUAGGCAUGCAUUUGUGUGUAGAUUUGUUUUUUGUAUGUAUAAUGUUGGUGUUUUAAUAGAGAAGUGUGCUUGUGUGUAGUGUUGGCAUUUGAAUGUUGAGAUGUAUGUGCAUAUACACACACACACACACUGACACACGUGCAGAUAUACAAACAUGCUGGUCAAGCGUUACACAUUUAAACACCCUUCAGUUUUCUACCUUUUGAGUUCUUGUAGGGUUCCAACCUGCUGGCUGAGGCUGUUAGUAGUCAGACACUAUCUCUUGAAUACUCCCUCCCCCUUUAUGCAUUCACCUACCUUGUGGCUCCAUGUCUGUUAGCUGGGAGGAAGCAGCUGGCUCUCACUCCCUCUCAGCACCAGCUUCCAUUAUUAAAGGGGCACAGCGCAAUGUUAAAGCACAACCAUGUCAGUGAGGAAACAUGCCAAUAGGGUGGCCCUAAGUGCAUGUGCCAUCCAUUGGGCCACCUCACCAUGUGGGCGGAAAUGUGAAAACAUUAUAUACCUUCAUUUCUGUGUUCAGGCAUGCUUUCAGUGGAAUCACUGCUACAUCAUAUUGAACAUGAAUAUUGGUUUAAAUCAAAUGGUAAUGAGGAGAUUUUAUUUAUAUAUAAAAUUAUUUGAUAAGCAUCUGGUCGGGCAUGUAAAAGUUACUGAACCCACAUAUUUCUCAUCUGAAAUAAAUAUUUUAACAGCCUAUAUAAAGUUUUUCAGGACAUAUUAUAUUGGGUGGUUUCUGGAAGAGAUAUGAAGAGGUGUAUUUUCCUGUGGAUUUACUGUGUUAAUCACUUGCUGGUUUCCAGACAUGCCAUCGACUCCACAGAAAGCUCUCUAAAAUUUCCAACCGACUAAAGAGAAAACAACUUUGUAGAAAGCUGAAGGUGGUAUGUUCAGCAGUGUGGAAUGCAUGGCAUGCCUUAACUCUUUCACUGCCAGAGAGCCCUGUAACAUUUUGCUUUGCUUGUUAAAUACAAUCAAUCGCAGACCCCUUUGGCAGUGAAUGGUUUUUAACUUACUGAUCUCUCAGACCAGAUGUGGAUUUUAACCAGUUUUUUAAUGUGGUAAUAUAUUGGGCAGCCACUGAGCAUAGUCAGAGAUAUAAUUUGACAAACAGAUUACCUGAUAAUUGUCAUUUGUAUUUCCUUGUUUCUAGCUCCUGCCAAUCCCAGAUUCUGUGCCAAUUUCUCCAGAUGACGGGGAACAUGCAGACAUUUACAAACUACGUAUACGGGUUCGUGGGAAUUUAGAAUGGGCCCCUCCGCGACCACAAAUCAUAUUUAACAUCCAUGCAGCUCCCACGUAAGUCCACAAGGCAUACAUUUUGUCUCCAAAAAAAUUUGUUUUCUCUAAUUACUUAUACUUUCUGUAAUGUUUUCCUACAGGAAGAAGGUUGCUGUGACCAAGCAGAAUUAUCGAUGUGCUGGCUGUGGCAUUCGAAUAGAGCCCGGUGAGCUAUGUUCCAAAUAGCUUUCCCCCCAACCCUUCUCUGGGGUGUAGCUUUCACAAUCCUUUAUUAAACCGAUAAGGUGUGACUAGAAUUUUCCAGUAAAUCAACCGGACAACAUCCUCAGUCUGCUUCUGUUUUUACGAUUUAUAAAUGGAUAACUAGCACAAGUACAUACCACGGUCCAGAAAUGACAAUGUCUGUGUUUUUCAGGACAGAAAAGACUGCAUGUUGUCUGAAAAUGCAGUGAGUGAGAUUCAGAUGUGGUGCUGAUAGUAAACAGGAUAGUGUUUGAUUAAUAACCAUGGAAAUCGAUAGAAACAUAAUGUUGGUUUCCAUGGUGAUUGCAUCCCUUUGGCGAAACUGUGUAUGCUUCGCCACUAUCGCUAAUAAAAUACUCUAAUUUCAGAAUCCUCUGUCUGCCUGCAGACAGCAUGUUUGCAAUAUUGUGUAGUAAUGUGAUUGCCACAGACUUAGUUGGCCUUAAUAAAUGCACUAAUUUUAAAGUUAAGGAAAUGUAGCAUUAGGUAAAAUAGAAAGCUGUGUACAUCAUCUUUCUUGUGUUUUUUUUUUUUAAAUUUAUUUUUUUUGUCUGUUUUUCUGAAUUAUGUGUGUCCCCUUUAGAUUACAUUAAAAGGCUCCGUUACUGCGAAUACUUGGGAAAGUAUUUUUGCCAAUGUUGUCAUGAAAAUGCUCAGUCUGUCAUUCCUGGCCGCAUCCUGCGUAAAUGGGAUUUCAGCAAAUAUUAUGUUAGUAACUUUUCCAAAGACCUUUUAACAAAGAUCUGGAAUGACCCACUCUUCAACCUGCAGGAUGUCAACAGUGCCUUGUACAGAAAAGUGAGGGCCCUUGAGCAAGUACGAGUAAGUAUCAUCGUUUUAAAAUAUACUGUGUGCUUAGACAAGGUGAAGUUGUGUUUAUUUGCUUAGCGACAUGACUAUUGCUUUACUUCACAGCUGCUGAGGAUCCAGCUGGUGCAUUUGAAGAACAUGUUCAAAACAUGCAGACUGGCCAAAAGGUGAGCAAAUCUAUCAAGCCCGUAGCUUGGGUUUGAGAUUCAUUAAAAUAAAAACGUGUGAUAUCUUAAUGUCUUUUUAUAAUGGCAAUGUUUAAGGGAGGUUAAAUUAGUACCUAUUCAGGCUUCGCCUGAAUGAAGGGAUGGGAGAAUUCGUUCUCAACAUUUAUAGUGCCCAUUAGGUUGGGGUACCCAUAAACUCUUGUGGAUUAACUCAUCUUUAACUCUGCAUCCUUAAGAGUUCAGGGGUAGAGUAAACACCAAGGUUUUUACUCCAUACAUCUUUUGCUAAAUAUAUUUAAAGGGGAUGCAAACCAGCUUUGUAUCUUGUGGUAGCAACUUUCAUUUUUAAUCAUAAUUUGUGUUCGUUUAACUAUGCACUGCUUUUAAUUUUUAUAUUUUUUUCUAAAUAUAACUAAUAUUUUCUGUUUCAUUUUGUUGUGUCAAUUAAAAUGGUUUCUCUGUGUUUGAAGCGUUCUGGAAUCAUAUGACACUGUAUCUGGACACCUAACUGAGGAUCUCCACCUGUUCUCCUUGAAUGAUCUCACGGCCAUUAAGAAAGGAGAGUUGGUUCAGCAGUUAGGGGAAUUAGUGAGGCUUGGCACUGUACAUGUGGAUAAAUGCAUGGUAAGUAAUCUAUACCAUAUUUAUACUGUAGCUUUUGUCCUAUAAAAGUAGUCUUUUUAUUAAAGCUAGGCAUUUUGUUGUUUUGCACAAUUUCAGUAUCUGUCAAGAAACAUAUGAUGGGGAUACAUCUAGACUAUGUAACUAAGCUCUAAUCAUGCACUACAUACAACAUUUGCCUGGCAGUAUGUAAAAAUUAAGUUUGCGUUUUACUUUUUCUUCUGUAUUUUGUAUUGAGUGUCCACUUAUUUGCCAGAUUCUUGAUAUCCGAGUUGCUAUUUUCUCAACAUAUUUUCUAAAAUAAUUUUCUCCCCUGUUCUGUAGUUGUGUCAAGCCAAGGGCUUCAUUUGUGAAUUCUGUCAGAAUGAAAAUGAUGUGAUCUUCCCAUUUGAGCUGAAUAAAUGCAGGAGAUGCGAAGGUAAGCUUGACUGAGAACACAUCUGGUCUCUUCUCAACAAACAUAUUUAUGUUUUUAGCUUCCAUGAGAUCAUAUUGCCUCAUUGCAUAAUGCUUUUGUGCAUAUUUAGAUGUUUGACAGGCCUUUUGCUCCUGGCACAUGCCACAAAAAGCAUUACACAGCUAAUAUUAUAUUAUUAUUAUUAUUAUUGGGGUGUGUGUAUGUAUGUAUAUGUAUGUAUGUAUGUAUAACAAAAUGUAACAGGAACAAUAGGUAGUUGAGGACCCUGCUCAAACGAGCUUAUAGUCUAGAGGAAGUAGGGUAUAAAAACACAAUAGGAAGGGUAUUGAGAGAGACCGCAAAUAGACAUGGUGGAAAUGUAGCAGAACUGGAAGUGAGUGGAGAGUGGCCCUUUAGGAGAGAGCAAGAGGAAGGAUUGAGAGAUAGAAGUUACUCUUGGAGGCCAUAAGCAAUCCUAAAAAGAUGGGUUUUGAGGGACUUACCGAAUGAAAUGAACCAAAAGACCUAUACGCCCCGCCAAUGCCAACAGCCACCGGGCGGUACAUGAAGGGCGAAGCAAAGGAAAAGAACAGUCUAAACAAACGGUGGCGUCGACCGCAACAUAAAAAAGAGGGGCGCGCAACCAAGACAAGAAUAUUACCCUCGGGUCCGACUAGAGCCGAUAGACAACUAUCCGAACAUCCGAACCCAUCUGAAAGAAGAAAAAAGGGUAUGAUAAGGGGAACAAAUCCAAAGUCGGAGAUGGACGAAAACCGGCGAUUGAGGCAUGACAAACAAUGCGUGUACCCCUUGGGAAAAUGAAUACCCGUCCUCGGGAAUCGAGAGGACUCACACCGCUAUGAACCCACACGUCUAGCUCGAAGGGGGAUACCAACAGAGCGAGGCCCGACGAAAACAGUCGUCGUAACAGUGUUUGCAAAAUUUCUGUUAAUCCGUACCAGACCCAACUCAGUCAGGGUCACCUUGCAGGCAAACAUCUUAUUGUACCCUAUAUCAAGUGGGACAGGUCCAGGGAAUCCGGGCACUAGUCUCGACUCGGCCGAAGCGGAGGUCAUAAAACCAAGGUACCAGCAGACCGAGACACUUGUAGUAAGGUCCUGGAAACAACAACGGAGGGGCCUCCUCAGUGUCAAACACCCCUGGAGGGAAACGUCCAUCACUGAGCAAACCAGUCUGUAUGCCGGCUAAAACUGUACAGGGCUUAAUGGGUGCUCCGCCGUUGGCUUAUGGUCGUGAUGACGGAUCUUCCCGGAAAACUAUUCCAAUCGUAUGAGAAACUCUGAUAGGGUGAAAACGUAGGAGGUACCUCCUUGCGUCCGAUCCGCCCUCCAGGACUCUACACCUCGAGCCACAGAGGGGGUCAAUAUUCCUCGUUUGAGCACGAACUCCAGGGACCCAAACAAGGAAAAUGCAGAUAGCGUCUUUCCUUUCGGUGUGAGGGGCAACUCGCCGAGGAUCCAGCCAGCCAGUCCGGGUAGACCGUCCUCGUGGAAAAAACGAGAAGGAUCUCUUUGGAUACUUCUGCAAUGCCCAAAUGUCCUAAAUUCAUCCAAACCUGCCACCCAGGCUGUAUUAUCUUCCAAAUGAAUGACACCCCAGGUCCUUAUCUCGCUAGGGAGAAACUUUAGCCAGCCUUACCAGGAAUGGGCCCCGCGGUCCUGGAAGUUCCCGGAGGUCCGCGUCUAAUUCAAAGUAACUAAUGGCUAUACCUUCAAGCGUAGUCUCGUGCGGGCUCCAAAGGCCUCAGAUCCCUUGAUCCCAAGCACCUCCAGCGGUCCGAAUUGACUAACGCAGGCAUUAAUGAUAAGGGUCUCCUGCAAUCCUCAGGUUCGGGGUACCGUCUGUUAUGUCAUCCGGAACUGUGACAUUCCGGGCCCAGGGUCCAAUCCUUUAUAACAGGUAUGGGUUGGAGCUUUAGAUAUGUCUCCGUAACGUUUUUUCCAUAUGAAAACUGGGAUCCAAUAUUCUUCCCCGUAUGUCCCAAAGGACAACCCACUUGUGUGGGGGAGAACCCUUGGCUUGUCAGUGCGGACUGAGAAGUAGAGUAUAGGCACUGCAGCGGGCCGUAUUCCGGAUCUCCUGUAUACUAGACAGGCGUUGCCACCAGGAGAGCCGUAGUGCCUCAUCGGGGUCUAAGUCUGGGUACGAGGCUACUUUGUUUGGGAGCCUGGCUGGGUAUACCACUCCAAGUAUCUUGCGGGCUUCUCAAGUCAGCGAUCUACGGUCCCAGCAACGCACCGAUGGUGCUAGAUGCCCGGGCCGAGACCCUUCCGAAGAAAUGAGCAAUUGGUCGAGGGUCGCACAGGGGUUCGUUUAAGGCGACCCACGAGACGACCUCUUCUUCCACAGUCGUCGGAGCCCCUGUAGUGGGCUUGUUCUCCGUCCCGCACUGCCACUUGGGGGCAUCAUCAUGCCGAGAUGGGACCGGUCCGCCCGCCAUUCAGCUAGGACGGCCGUGGUGGGAGUGGGGUCACGAGGACUUUCACCCCUGCGCCACCUAGGCAGUGUAGUCUGGCUGCCGAGGCUGAUCGUAUUGGGGUUAGAUGCUUCUCCGGAGUCUAAUCUGUCAGGGCGCCUGGUUUAGGGGCUUCACCCCUCCAGUAGCGCUUGUGCGCACUUGCCUGUUCUCGUCUAGAAGAGUCUGACUCAUUCAAGUCGUCUGUCUUUAUUAAAAAGGUGGUCACUGUCGUGUCCGAAGGACACCGCCUCCCUCGCGCCAUAUAGGCAAUGCCGUCCAGCCCGAUUGCAUCGGGGAUAGACGCUUCUCCGAAGUCUAUCUUCCGGGUGUCUGGUUUAGGGCCUUCACCCUUCCAGUAGUGCUUAUGCGCGCUUGCCUGCCCUCCUUAGGGGGGUCUGACUCCUUCAAGUCUCCCGCCUUCUUUAGAAGGUGGUAGCUGCCGUAGUAGGCAUCGCCUGUGUGCAUUCCCCCGAAUGAAGGGUUGACCAUGGAGCGGUCCUAGGCAAGGCGAUCUCUAGGGGUAUAACGGACAAGUGUCACCGGCAGCAGCAUCAGGGCAGCACCCCAUCUAGUGACAGAGGCAAAUUUGGCAGCGCAUACAAUGUCCAAGUGUGAGUAUGUAGUCGCAAGGCUUGGCAUGCAGAUAUACACAGACAACGCAGGCCAAAUCAAUGGGGCACAGACAAAGCAGGCCAAUCAAUACGGCUCAGACAAAGCGGCCAAAUCCUGGGGCACAGACAAGUCACUGCACGGAACGCUCUUCCGUGUCACUGCACGGAACGCUCUUCCGUGUCACUGCACGGAACGCUCUUCCGUGUCACUGCACGGAACGCUCUUCCGUGUCACUGCACGGAACGCUCUUCCGUGUCACUGCACGGAACGCUCUUCCGUGUCACUGCACGGAACGCUCUUCCGUGUCACUGCACGGAACGCUCUUCCGUGUCAGUGCCGCAACGCUCUUCCGUGUCAGUGCGAGAACGCUCUUCCGGGCGUCACUGCACGCUCGCCUCGUCAUGCGUAACGGCUCGCUUCCGUAUCAGCGAAUGGAACUUCGUCCCGUGCGCAUCGGCUUCCCGUGUCAGUGCACGGAACGCAGUCAGUGUCAUCGCGUCAGUCAGUGCACGGAACGCUCUUCCGUGUCACUGCACGGAACGCUCUUCCGUGUCACUGCACGGAACGCUCUUCCGUGUCACUGCACGGAACGCUCUUCCGUGUCACUGCACGGAACGCUCUUCCGUGUCACUGCACGGAACGCUCUUCCGUGUCACUGCACGGAACGCUCUUCUACGCAUUCUACUGUGUAGAUAACACUCUUCAGAUGAAUAGUGCCUAACACUCUCUGUGAACUGUAACCAACUCUUCUGUAACCAAAUGAAACGACUUUCCAUAGGAAAACAGAGAAAGUGAGGUUGAAGAGAUGAAGUGCCUUACUCUAAAGGGCUCAAACCUAACACUCCAGAAAUGUGUUUAUAUUAGUGGCAUUAGAAUUUCCAAAAGGCAAACUCUUACAACCUGCCUCCCCACCGGCGCCCGGACCGAGGGCCCUGCGGUGUGGGGAGGCCAAACGAGGUCAGAAGCCGUCGCUCCCACGUAGUCUAUCAUCCCUCCCAUGCCACCGCGGCCACAAAAGAUAACCGCUUCCCAGCGGUACGGCGAGCGUGGGAGGGAGACAGGCAGAGGGGCAGUUCCUGCACGCCGUGAGAGCGGCGCGCGAGAUACCCACGUGGGACCGCUGGAGUUGUUCUCCGCCAGCCGCUAGGAAAACAGACAACAGGAAGAAAACAGAAGGAAGCCAGAAAGAACCGAAAGUAAACUGCCCGCAAGGAGAGCAGGUAAAAAUAGAGGGAGAAAGGUGGAGGAAGGCACCCAUACAGACCCCACAGAAAAAGGGGGGAGGUAGAAAGAGCAGGCAAGAAGAAAACACCCGCAAAAGGCACAAUAGAUGACUUCAACUCAUAAAAUAAAUCCCAAAAUCAACACACACUAUCAAAUCAUCAAAAUCAAAUCAUGGAAUUUAAAUCAUACAAUUAAAUCAUUAACCUCAAAUCCUAAAAGCAAGUCCUACAAUAAAUCCUGAAAUCAAAUCAUGAAAACUAAAUCAUACAAUCAAAGCAUGAAAAUUAAAUUAUACAAUACAAUCAAAUCUUAACCCCUUCAGGACUGCUGACGGUUCAGGACAGUCAGCGGUAAAACGUGCGUUUGGACCGUCAUAGCGAAAAACAGUCUGCGGGAAGCGAUCAAAGAUCGCCCCCGCCAGUAUAAUGCUGUAACUAUCUGCCAGACAUCCGCGAUCACUCCUAAUUGGCUGCUGUCAAAGUGGGUGUUAAAAAUGAGUUACAAACACUCACUUUGACAGUGAUCUCUGCCCCUCUCUCCUCUGUUGCGUUUUGUGAGGCGAGAGAGACAGAGAUUGUGAUAGUUUGUUGCAGCAGAAGUGUUCCAGAGCUUUAUAUAGUAUCUAAAGUGAAUUAAAAAAUCAUUUUUAACCCCUUCCGUGCCAGAUCUGUUACAUCAGUGCAUUUGUACUGUCUGUAUUUUAUUUUAUUUUUGCCCUUAAAGGGUUACAUUUGUUUUAAAAAUCUGUGUCUUGGUCUGUCUUAGUCAGUCAGUUUCCUUCCCCCAAAUUUCCAUUAGAUUUUUGUGACAGGAGUUAGUUUAGGGAUUGCUGUUUAGUCUGUUUUAGUAAAAAAAAAAAAAAAAGUAUAAAAAAAUGUGUGUGUUUGUAAUUUGUUUUAGUCAUGUGUAAAACAUGUAGCAUAUGUAUAACUUGCAGGAGGCAUAUGCCUUCUUGGCGUCAGACUCUGACGCCACUGACACUGUGUCAGAUUUUGACCCAGGUCAGUUUUCUGACACGUCUAGUCAAGACGACAUGUCAUCUGUGUGUGAGCCGGCUGAAGAAAGAAGCUGUGCUUCCUUUGUUACGCCGAAUGUGGAGGAGGACUGGGUACCUCCACAGUUAGCUGAGCCCAACGUCCCCCCUUUUAGUGCCAACGCAGGCAUUAAUGUUAAUGUGGAUGGCUUCUCCCCAAUGCAGUAUGUAGAACUAUUUUUAGGGGAUACCUUCUGCUUCCCAGACUAACUUGUAUGCUACCCAAUUUAUUGAUAACAAUCCAGGUAGCUAUACAGUCAGGGAGCAUGACUGGCAUCCCACAGAUGUCCCAGAGCUUAAUAAAUUCUGGUCUCUUACAAUGCUCAAGGAGAUUAUAAAGAAGCCAUCGAUUCGCUCAUACUGGAGCAUCAACCUAAUAAUGUCUAGUCCAGUAUUCUCCCAAACCAUGCCUAGAGACAGAUACGAGUUACUGCUGAGAUUUUUACAUUUCAGUGACAAUACCCUCUGUCACCCUAGAGAUCACCCCCAGUACGAUAGGCUUCAUAAAACACGCCCACUGUUAGGCCAUUUUCAGGACAAAUUUUCAGAUGUUUAUACCCCCAACAAAAUUUAUCCAUAGAUGAAUCUCUAAUGAAAUACAAAGGGAGAUUAGGGUUCAGACAAUACAUCCCCUCAAAGCGCUCUAGGUAUGGCAUAAAACUGUACAAACUGUGCGAGAGCGAAAGUGGAUACACGUUUGCCUUUUGUGUAUAUGAGGGGAAAUAUGGUCAACUGGACCCUCCUGGCUGUCCUGACUCCCUGGGGACAAGUGGGAAACUUGUAUGGGACCUACUAAACCCCUUGUUUAAUAAAGGUUACCACCUUUAUGUGGAUAAUUUUUAUAGUAGUGUCCGUCUGUUUGCCCAAAGUUUGCCACAAGAAGUGUUCCUGAAUUUUUAUUUUUUUGUUUUUUUGGAAAGCAGCCAUUUUUUGUUAGUCAGCUUCCUUCCCCCAAAACUCCAGUUAGAUUCUAUUUGCAGGAGUCAGUUUAAAGAUUGCUGCUAAAUGUACAUUUGCUACCUGCACAUUUGGUCUAACAAGUUUUCUGGCAGUAACACAUAACCAGCUGGCCAAAACCAGAUGAUGUGUGCAUAAAAACCAGAAUUAAAAAAUUACCACUACACUUUCUUUGGGGGGCAAAAUGGUUGGGGGAAAAGUCAAAACACCCCAUCUUCUAUAACCUUUGUCUACUUUAUAAAAAUAUAUACUAUAUAUACUGUCAUGAUGGUAACAUUAACUGGAGGGUGCAAAAAUAUGUCAAACUGAAGAUAGACCAAGCAUACCUAUAUAUCAAGUUGAAAAACUGCCACGUACAAGUUCUGAUUGUUGCCUUUUGGCCCCCUAACACCCCAGCAACCCUAUACAUAGGGGGUAUCACUGUACUUGGUAGAUGUUGCUGAACAUAUUGGGCAGUGACACAUAACAGGAUCUGUUAAUUCAUGCCUAAAGUACAAUGUGUGUGACAAAGAAACAAAAAAAGAUUACUACCCAAAAGUUGGCUGGUGGUAGAAUUAAGUGCAUGAAAAGUGUUAAAAUACCACCAUUUAAAAUACCCUGGGUUGUCUACUUUUCAAAAAUAUAUGGUUUGAUGGGGGUAAAAGACAUUGGCUCAAAUGGGACAUGGGCGCAGGUUGAUUACAUGUCAAAAUUCCAAGUUGGGAAACUGAUCCGCGCACCUGCCAAACAUGGCCUUUUAGCCCCCAAAGAACCUGACACACCUAUACAUGGGGGGUAUCCCUGUACUCGAGAGAUGUUGCUGAACACAUAUUGGGGUGUUGUUUGGCAGUGACACAUAACAGGAUCUGUUAAUUCAUGCCUAAAGUACAAUGUGUGUGAAAAAAACAGAAAAAAUUUACUACCUCAAUGUAUGACAAAGCUUGGUGGUAGAAUUAGUGCAUGCAAUGUGUUAAAAUACCACCAUGUGAAAUACCCUAGGGUGUCUACUUUUCAAAAAUAUAUGGUUUGAUGGGGGUAAAAUACAUUGGCUCAAAUGGGACAUGGGCGCAGGUUGAUUACAUCAAAUACGUCAAAAUUCCAAGUUGGGAAACUGAUCCGCGCACCUGCCAAACGUGGCCUUUUAGCCCCCAAAGAACCCGACAAGCCUAUGCAUGGGUGGUAUCACUGUAUUCAGGAGAUCUUGCUGAACACAUAUUGGGGUGUUGUUUGGCAGUGACAUCGAACAGAAUCUGUGAAUGUAUACCUGAAUUGCAAUGUAUAUGGAAAAAAAAUAAAAAAAUAAACUACCUAUGCAAAGUUUGGCAAAGGUUUGUGGUAAAAUGGCUGCAUAGAAAGUAUCAAAAUAUUCUUAGAUGAAUACCCUGGGUUAUCUAGUUUAAGAAAAAUAUAUGGGGUGUUUUGUUUUUAGAUUUAUGACAUAACAGUGUUACAAUGUCACUAUUGAUACAUUUGAAAAAUGUACAUUUUGAAACGGCAAUUUCCUACUUGUACUUAAAGCCCUAUAACUUGCAAAAAAAAUACAUCGACAUUAGGUGUUUUAAAACUCAGGACAACAUUUUGAAUCUAUUUAGCAGUUUGUUUAAUUUGAUUUUGUAGAUCAGUAAAAGAUUUUUUUAAGUAAAAGUCAAAGUUUUUUUUUUUUUUUACAUUUUUCACCAUAUUUUAUUUUUUAAUUAAAUUAUGACAUGAUAAAAAUAAUAGUAUGUAAAGAAAGCCCUUUUUGUCCUGAAAAAAACAAUAUAUAAUUUGUAUAGGAACAGUAAAUGAGAGAGCGGAGAAUUACAGCUAAACACAAACACCACAAAAGUGUUAACAUAGCUCUGGUCCUUAACGCACAAACAUCGCAAAAACAGUCCGGUCCUGAAGGGGUUGAAAACAAAUCAUAAGAUCAAAUACAAGUAAAAGUAUAUAUCCAACAACCACCCAUAUAAAACAGGAGGCAGUGGUACUCUGACCUGUACUGUCUGCAGAGCAGUAAAGAAAGAGGGAUUAGUUGGUUGGGAGGAGCCUUUUAUGGAUUCCUGAGUUUUUUUUUGUCUCUGGUGUUUUUCUCUCUAUGUUAAUGUGCUGCUGUGGAGUUCUAGUAAAGAGAGACUUAAGCAAAUAUGAAGCCUCCUGUCAUGUUAUAAAAUUACAAUAAUCCAUGCAAGAGAUUACUAGGUCAUGAACCAGCUCCUUGGUAGCAUCUUGCUUAAGAAAGGGGCAUAUGCGGGCAAUGUUUUUAAGCUGGAAUCGACAGGUUUUAGCAACAGACUGGACAUGAGGGGCAAAGGUGAGGCCAGGAUCAAAAAUUUCACCAAGACAGCGAGCUUGAAAGGAUGGGGUGAGGCAAGUAUUGUCAAUGUGCAGGGAGCACUAGGCUGUCUGCUAAUGUAUUGGCCUUUUCAACGUAAUGUACUGAUUUCUUCUGUAGAUGCAGAAGUAAACUGUUGGUUGAUAUUCACUUGAAUGUCAGCGCAUUUUUUAAUUUACUCCCAAUCUUUUGUCUCCAAAUGUACAGAAUGCAAAGCUUGCUAUCACAAACACUGCUUCCGAUCAGUCCAGUGUCCUAAAUGUGAACGCCUGCGAGCAAGGAGAGAUCUGCUAGCCACACAGAGACUACAGACCUACAAUUCUGACCAGGAGGAUCUGGAGGAAGAUACACUGAAUGAAAAGGAGACACACUGACCGUAUCAAUAUGGCCAUGUUGAUGUAGCAGGGCUAAAUCAUAAGUCAAUUGCAGCAGCCACAUUUUGAGCUUUACUCAUGCUUCAGUAGCUUGUAACCUUGCACUGCUUUCCAACAAAUAGAGGAGGGCUGUAUGAACCCACUGAUUGCCAAAACAUGUGCAUAAUAUAUUGCUGUGCUCAUCCAUCUGACAGAGUUAAAGGUCCACUCCCAGUUCGUGCACAACUUUUCCUCAUUUGUGUUGUAUGUGUAUUUUUGUCCAAAUUCUAAAACCUUUAAUAAUUCCACUUUGCACAGAUUUUUUUUCUCUUCUCAGCCUCUACCGAGCCGCAUGUAUAUCCAAAGCAAACCAUAUGGCUCAGCAAUGCACUAACCAGCAGGCUACAAAACACUGUCCAUUAAGAAAAAACCCUUAAUUCAAGAUUUCACCUUCCGUCCUCUGAAACUGCAAAUUUUGAGCUAUUUUCCAUGUUGCACUAAAGUAAAAUGCAAAGCAAAUAGGGCAGCUGGUGCUUGAUCGGAAGUAUCCUCUUUCCAAAAGAUGGAAUUGCGUUACCACAGGGUAACUUGUUCUAUCUAAUACAAAACAUUUUCAUGUGACUCUUCUGCUGUUGCAAUGUUGUUGUGUACCAUGCUGUGUUGAAAGCUGGGCAAAAGAGGCAGCUUAAUUUUUCACUCUCUGUAAAUGACUUAAAAGAACUUCCCACAUAGUGGUCCACACUUUAAACUGUAAGCAGGAAGGUGGUGGGGGGGAGUUUUAAGAACUGUGUCCCCAUUGUCAUUGCACUAAUAUGGGACUUUGGCUCUGUCAGGAAUUCCAGACAUGGAUGAGAUGUAUUUUAUUGCAAACUUAAGUGUAACAAAGUGUUUAGGUGCUAACAUUAGACAUGCCAUUGCAAACAUCCUAUAGUGCUGACUUGCCUGCUUCAUGGACUACAGGAUAUCGAUGAUGGAAAAUAUAUGCAAAUUUGGGACACAGCCUUGCCUCUUUGGCCGCAAAGACUUAACUUGAUCAGACUGACAGGAGCAGGGGUGUUGUGGCUCUCAUGACCUUCUGUAGUAUUGCACUAAUGUACUAAAUGAUUGUAUAAUUAACAAUAGUAUUGAAUGUCCAAUAUAUGAAGCCACAUUUUCUCUGGUGCACAAGUGUCUGCAUAGUAUACAUUUCUUGCAGAUGACCUUGCUAUAGAGUGUUUUGGUCUCUUUACUAUCUAUCUUAUCUAAUUGCACUUUGAUAAUCUGUGUUUAAAGUGGUAUAUUUAUCUGGAGCCUUGCAUUGUGCGUGUAAAUAUAAAUGUCCAGUAAGUAUGUAAAGCAAAAAAUGGAGUGGUCUCUUGAUUUCCAUUUUUUCUACUGUAUUCUGACUAACUAUUUGUUGGUAUGAAGGUGCAGAGCUCGGCAAAAGCUUUCCGACAGGGAGAGCAGCACUUUAUUAAUGAAACAGUCUUUUAAGGUUUUGCCAAAUAGAUAUCAAUGUAUAUCAGUCAAUAUUCCAUCCUCUACUGUUUGUCAUUUUACACUCCAUUACUGAUUUAAAAACAAAAAUAUAUAUAUAUAUUUUUUAUUUGUUCAUAGUACAUUUAUUGUUAUUUUUUUUUUUUUUGUUUUUAAUUCGAUUUUGGGAGUUGCACUUUCACAUUCCUAGUUUGAUUUCCAGCAUCUGUAUUAAAGGACAUCAUUUAUUUACACAAAGUUUGGUGAUACCACUGAGCCUUGCUUUUUGUUUUGUCAAUUUAUCAUAGGCAGCUACUUCAAACAAUGAGAAGUAUCAAUUGUGAGCGUUGAAUGCUGGCAUUGUUGCUCACACCUAUGGCACUCUAACAAGGUUAUUCACUAAAGUGUGUAUUGUUGGGAAUUUCACAAAUUUGGCUAAAACAAUUAACUUUGAGAAAUUCCCCUGGUCAGGUAGUUUCUUUUUAGCUAUUCUGGUCUAAAUCCUAAAGUUUAAAUUUGAUUUUCUAACGAUUCACAUUUUAAAAAAAAUAAAAAAUUCUGAAUGUUCAAAACAUUUCCUAGAAAGACAGCCAAGAGUUUUUGCAAUUAAUCAAAUUCCUUGUAUUACACACAUCUGCAGACUCCAGCCAGUUAUCGUGUUAGUAUGUUAAAACAUGUAAAUGUAUUGUGAAAAUGAUUUGUAAAUACUAAUUGUUCACGUACUAAAAUGUACUACAUGAUGUCAAGGCUUCUGUUGUACAAAGAAUUGUAAAUCUAAUUCCGUCCAAAAUAAAAGUAUUAAGUUAAAACUGCGUCUGUUACAUUUGAUUACAGUCACAGAGGUGAACUUCAGGCAGAAGUUGAUGACACUUGACUCGCCAGUUUUUUUUUUUUAUUUAUUUGAAGAUUUUAUGCAGUUAAAAGGACAUUUCUUAGUGGUUUUUCCUACUAAUCAUGCCUUCCUCCACAGUCCCUCCAGCUUAAAAUAAAUAAAACUACAUAAAGAAAAUUCACAGGUGAUGUGGAAGGUUGGAACUUCUAAUAGAACACCCAUUUUGUCAACAAACCAUCUGUUCUUAAAAGUAUACAUUAAAAAAAAAAAAAAAAGUCAAUAUGUAGACAGAUCAAUUAACCAUUUUACUUGAGGGUUUUGAAGUUUGAUUCUUCUAGCAAAAAAAAAAAAAAAAAAAGUUUCAACCUAGUGGUGGUGGUUGCUACCACUUUUAAGAAAGAAAAAAAUGUCCUGGCAUUUGUUAGGUCAUAUCUGUUUUAACAAGACUUGGCGGACCAGGGAUGUAGGUCAGUAUUAUAAUAUGAGAAGGGGCAUGGAUUUACUUUCAGUGCAAUACCUACCAUUAGUGUGUCUGUCCAAAAAAUAAAAACAGUUUAAUUGAAGACUUGCCAAAUGAGUUGAAAAAAAACAGUCCUCUUACAAAAUAAUUCUAAAAACAAUUCAACGAAAGGAUUCUUUUCCAGGGCAGCUGUUUGGUUUAAGAUUUCCAAGCUGGUCGUCCACUCCUUGCUUAUUGAAGUCAGCCCUCUGUAAUCCCAACAUUGUUAGCCUUAAGACUGUUUUCUUCCACUUAUGAGGCACAAUUGCUAUACUUCUACUUGUUGCCCAAAGUGGCAUAUCUCGAUUGUUAGCUGUUUUAGUAGCCAGUGCUUAAAUUGUUAAUGAUCACUAGUCAAAUGAUUUGCAACUUCAAUUUGUGACUUUUUUCCUCACUUGUUCCCUUUAUUUUAAGCCUCAAUGAAAAUAGACUACAGUAUAGUAACUUUUUCUUCUAUUUUAGUCUUAAUUCAAUUUCCUUUCAUGAAAUGGAGGGAAAACAGUAAUUUUUCUCUCUUAUGCAUUCCUAUUUAAAGGGUUUCUAUAGUGUUAGGAAUACAAAUAUGUAUUUCUAAAUCUAGAUAGAGCCCUUCUGGCAUAUAAACGUGAGAAAAAAAAAAAAACCUUUAGUCACUUAGCUGAUUCCGGCGCUGAUGUCUCGUUCUGCCUCCUCUUAUGUCAUCCAACUAAGUGGGACCGGGACACUGCACCCACUUUAGCAAGAUUAUUUUUGGGGACUAAUAUCCGUUUAAAACUAAAACAGUCAUGAUCUCUGCUUGCUAGAGUGUCUCCAUGGUUGAGAUAAUCAAUCUUGAUGAUCUUAGACAAUCCCAUGCUUUUCUGGAGGCUAUUAUAUAUGAAUCAAUGCAUCUCUAUAGAAAGUGUUCGGAAUUUCAAAGCAGAGUGGGGAAACACGGAACGUAGGUGCUACAAACAGUGCAGCACGGAGAUAGGAAGCACCUCAAGUGGCAACCUGUAGAAUGGUCACUAGAGGUGUUCAUAGGCGGUAAUGUAAACACUGCCUUUCCUCUGAAAAAGCAGUGUUAACAUUGAAAAGCCUACAAUGACUGACUAUACUCACCAGAACAUCUACAUUAAGCUCUAGCGGUUCUGGUGACUAUAGUGUCCCUUUGAGGCCUAAGUUAGCCAUGCUUCCAGUUUGACUAAAGUUUUGAUGGAACACUCCAGGCACCAUAGCCUCAUCUCAAUUAAGUUAGGAUGCCAGGAGGACCUGCACCAUCUUAUUUUAAUUAAACUUUACAAAUGGUUUAACCUCAAGUUGUAAAGACUGUGUCCUUUUGCUCAGUGCUCCUCAUGCACACGGAUUUAGGGAUUACCUGGGUAUGUUGAAGGUGUAUAGAAAAAAAAAAAAUCUAAAAAACAUCUUAGUCUAAAAAAACAUCUUAGACACACUCGGGUAAUCCCUAAAUCCUGGACUUUUAGGUGUGCCUUGAGCACUGCUUUUGCUCAUCCUAGACUUAGAGUACUAGGCACUACCGAUAGUGUCAGCGAAGGCUCUCAGCGAUGCCAAGGUCAGAGGCUUACUCAUUGACACCUCAGACCAGCGCCCGGAGGACAAGCAAAUGGGUGCUGUCGUCAUAACUCUGUUUAUACCAUUUGUAAAUGGUUUAACGAUUUAAGGUAAGAUUAUGCCCAAGACUUCGAGGCAGCACAACACAGGCUUCUCCUCCGGGCACUGGUCAUAGAGAUGAAACUGUUUUGCUUCCCAGAGUGUUCCUUUAAGCCUGAAAUUCACUUUGAAUUCUCAUUUUAGUGAAUACCUUGUCUGAUCUAGAUCAAAAUCCUAAGUCUUUGUAUGUAUAGUGUCUUUAUGCCUCUUUAGUAAGCAUUAUGGAAUAGAAGUAGUGUUCGAGCUUACUAGCUUAGUGUAGAAAGUCACCAUGGCAACCAAAUCAGGGCUGAAAUUUCACAUGCAGAUAGUUAGUGGGCAAGUGAAGACGUUGAGCCCUGCAGUGUGAUAAAGCUGCAUAAUAAUUUCAGAAGCAACAUAUUUAACAUCUAAUAUUAAUUGCAUUUUAGAUUCUGGAGGUACUCGUCCCAAUUCCUUUUGACCAACAUUUUUUCCAUAAUCUGUGGGCAGGCUAAGAAUCACGUCAAAACCAGUGCAUUGAUAUGUGGAGUGUGAAAGCUUGCCGUUGUUGUCCUUAUGUGUGCAUUCUACCCGGUGGUGAGGUUAGGAAUAGUUGGUACAAAAAAAAAAAAACCAGACCAGUUUAGCAAAAAUUGGGCAGUUUAUCAAAAAUGUUACAGUAAAGAGAUACAGCUCUUUAGCAGAGUAAUGCGUUUAGUUUUUCCCCUGAGCUUCAGACCCAGGAGGAUUUAAUUACUGAAUACAGCAGACCUUUGCGUGUUAUCAUAUCACUGAGGAUUGUAUGUCAUAACAGGGUAUUGAGCUUCGCUGUAAUAUCAGAAGCAGUUAGGGAGCUUAAAAGUACCACUUCAUAGCAAACUUAGAAUUCCAUUUGCCGCUGUGUCACUUAAUACAGUCCUAUGAAUCCAAAGUGAUUUUUUUUUUUUUUUUUUAAAGACAAAAAUAGGUACUAUUCUGGUGCAAUACCCAUGGAAACCAAACUAAAGUAAAACAUAUGGCUAAAGUGCUAAAUAAGUAAUGCUAUGUAAGAUGUGAAGUGCUGAGUUUGUACAAAGAACUAAAACUUCCUACAUUAUGCUUAUGGAGACAUGUUCUUUAAGGUAAGGAAAUUAUAAGAGACCUAGAGAGACUUAACACAGAGAAAAAAUGUAACAGACCAAAAUCAUUAUGACGAACCUCCCUGAGGAUAUGAUGAUUCCUGCAUUACGCUAAAAAUAUUCGGUGUUAACUGAACUUUUUGGGGUGAUAUUGACGCUCAAACUCUCCCACAUCAAAUUUCCUCUUACAGCCUUGAUAGUUCAUGUAUCUGAUCUUCCCAAAUACAGCACGUUCUGCCCAUCCUUGGUCGUGUAUGCCACAUAUUGACCACAUGCAACCU